AUGCUGUCUGCGGGGAAGAAAGCGGCCGCGGCGGAGGCUCCGGUAGGCGGUGGCGGCGGCGGCGGCGCGGGCGGCCCGGCGGGCGAUGGCUCUGCCGAAGCCCCGGCGCCCCCUCCGCCGCCUCCACCCCCGCCGCCUCCGCCCCCUCCGCCGGCCCUGUCGGGCUCCCUGGGCUCCUCGGAGGGCGGCGGCUCGGGGCCCUCGGAGCGCACGCCCCGCAAGAAGGAGCCUCCGCGCGCCUCGCCGCCGGGGGGCUUGUCCGAGCCGUCUCCCCCCGCGGGGCCGGGGGGGCCCGUCGGGGGCUCCGAGACCACCAGCAUCGCCGAGACCCCCGAGGGCCGCAGGACCAGCCGCCGCAAGCGGCCCAAGGUGGGUGCUCUUGCCCCGGCCGCUGCUUCCGACCACCGGGGCCUACCUACCUACCCGGGGCGGCGGAAUGGCUGGCUUGGGUGGGCCGGGCGUCGACUCCCACGAACCGGUUUGUGAGGAAAUCUGUGACUUUAAAACGGUGGAGGUUCAAAAAAGCGGGCGGCUGGGCGGCUUCGGGUUUAGUGCUUUUUAUUUUUAUUCUUUUCGCUGCACGUUAAAGCAGAAACCGAGCGCUUGUUUCCUGCAAGGAGAAACGUAAAGGCCGGGCAGGCCUGUAAAUUCCAGUUCGCUGGGUGGCCUUCAGCCAGUGAGGAUGUUUCUCAGCCUGACCUACUUCCCAGGGUUGCUGUGGGGCCGAAAUGGGAGCGCGCCUUUUAUCCACACGGAUCAUUUGGGAAAAAGCGGGGAGUGAAACAAGAAACGAUAAUAAUCGCAAUAAGUAGAAGGUUGGCAUUGUAGUCUUUUCCCCGUAAGUGCUGGAUUCCUCCUUAUUGGCGGAGUCCAAACAAAAAAAUAAAAGUGAUAUGUCAACAUCUAAAGUGGUACAGCCCACUCUUAAGGAUUUAAGGGGGCGGGCGAUGGUAUUGUGGCACACCGUAAAGAAUGGCAGUUCUUGUGGCACAGGUUUGUAUAGAUUAAAGCUCAUAUCAUCAGAUGCAGCUGGGAUCUGGUUGAUGAAACAGGCCACAAACAGUCUACAGGGCUUGCUUGUGGGGGUUGUGUGUGCUAGAUUGCUGUCCCUCUGGUAUCUCUUGGGCACAUACUACCUUCUGUAUGUACCGUAUAUUGAUUAUCCGUUAUUGUUAAUUAGACUUUUUAUUCCAAAAUGGUACACAAGGUUGAUGUGACGUCAGAGAGUAGCUAGAGCCUAUGUUGCAAGGCACUAAUGAAUGUCAUUUAUUGUUUGCUUCUUAAUGUGUAGGCUAGACUGCUACCUUUGUUUUACAGAAGCAGAUUUAAUAGUGUGCAAUGCAGUAAAUGCCCCAAAGCCAUCUUAAUAAGGAAGGGAAAUAGAUCCUAACAAAAUCAAGGGUUUUUUUCUUUUGGCUCUUGCUUUUCUAACACAAAGGAUCCUUUGUGAUCAAAUAAAGCUUUGAAAUAUGUUUUGAUAUUUGUAUAUUUGUAUCAUGUAGAUGCACAGGGAAGAUGUUGAAUAUAGCUUUGGAGAGCAUUAUAUAUUUAACAAUUAGACAUUGAUUUCAUUAUGUCAUCAUCAAGACUUGAGGGUUCCACUUUCUUUAAUACAGGGAAAUGCUUGUAAUACAAGGAAAGUAUAUAACACAUGGCUUGACUAGAUUUUAGCAUUGAUUAAUUUGGGCCCUAUUCCAUUAUGAGUUCUCUGCAUGGCUUACAAAUAGGAAUGCUUUUUUGAAAUGAGGGCUUACAGUUAGAUCUGUUGGUCCUUUUUAGUUUACUUGUAAAACUUAUAAAGAAUUAUUAUUUAAUUUACUUGAAUCAGUUUGUACAGUAUAGUGGGUACAGGACUUGAAUUUUGGGAGGACUUUGAAAACAAAAAUUAUGCUGUCCUUCUCCCAAUGCAUCCUUAUUGAUGGCUAGCAGCAGCUGCAUAGGAGUUGGAGCUGCACUUGUGAGGCUCAACAAUGCUUUCCAUCCCUUCCUGGAAUCCUAUGCCUUUGUAGGAUUUCAUAUAUAAUGUGUAGCCUACUUUAGUUUGAGUUUAUGUGACUUAGGUUGCUGCAGAACCUGUACAGAUCCAUAUAAGAAAAAGCUUCAAAACACAUUAUAAUGUACAUAGACUGUACAUAACGUGAAAUCAAAGGCUAACUCAUUUUUAUGGCAUAAAGCUUUUAUGGAUUAGAAUUCAAUUCAUCCAGUUUUGUGAAGUGCUAUUCUCAGGUGUGUGGGGGGGGAUGCUAAACAGAACAAAUAUACCAAAUAAAAAAAAAAAUUACAGACACCAAAAAUUCAGUUAAAUAUGUAUAAUAAUCACUCUGGCUUCCAACAAAAUAUUAAAAAUACAAUAAAACAUCAGACAUUAAAAACUUCCCUAAACAGGGCUGCCCUCAGAUAUCUUCUAAAAGUCAGAUAGCUGUUUAUUUCCUUGACCUCUGGUGGGAGGGACAACCACACAACUUUUAUGUAGACUGUUUUGGUUUAAAAUUUGCUCAUGUAUGUGAGAUAGGAAGUGCUAAAAAGAAACUGUCACUCAGUGUUAAAAAUUAGCCGGGUGUUAGGCGCAUUUUGUGCCUGAAGAUUUUCCAUUUGCGAGCACCUAAAAAAGUCUGGGUGGCAUUUUUUGCACCUGGCUGACACUCAAGGAUUACUGAAAUGUAUGUACUUUGAAGCCUUGAAGUAUAUGUUAAGGAUAGACAAUAUGUUAAGAAGUUUAACAAUAAAGAGUGGAGUGUUUUGAAAACGAAAGUAUGGUACUGAUAUUUUUUACAGUAUUGUAAACACCAAAUUAAACACAUAUUAACAAUUUCUGUUAAAAUGUGAUAUUAACAAUUUGCCACUUAUGUGAAUUAUUUUCAUGAUUAUCAAAAUAAUAAAUAAAAAGUGUUGCCGACCCCUUCCCCGCAAAUGGCGACUAGACAUUCUGUUUUGGCGCCCACAACCCAGAUCCCAGGAACCAUUUGACUGCUAGUUUUUCUAUCCCACUUCUGUCACUUCCCAGUAUAUGUAUGCUACUAUUAUACACAAUUUAAAAAUGAAUUAUGCUUUAUCACCUAUACAGAUGUCUGCUAUUUGUGUCAAUUGUCACAUGUCAAACCUGAUAAGUGUAGCAGCUUAAGGGGAAACUGAAGGCAGGCUAGAUUCUUUUCUAGGGUGGGACGUGUGUGUGAUGCAGGACACAGUUCAUAUUGUAUGUAAAAAUGGGACUUCCGGGGUGGCGCCAUCGGUAAUGGCGGAUUCCCUCUGACUCGGAGGGGACUGGCUCUGCGGGAAUCGGGUCUGCACCGCUACGGCGAAGCGGGGACCCUUCAAAAAUCACAGGCGGGUGAAGCCUGUGACCGUGGGACUCGGCGGGCAGCUUUGCGCCCCCCCCAACUUGCAAAGGAGCCCGAUUACGGGUUCCGGAGUGAAGCGGGGAAGCGGCGCGGUGCUGUGAGUCAACUGCUUCUUCCGUGGAGCGAAGCUGCACAGCCGUUAUCGGAGAGCGCUACUUUUUUCCUGUGACAAUUGGACUACAAAACAACGAUCCGUGAGUAGGUUAAUUUGGGAAACGAGAGAAAAAAAGAAGUAAUUGGAUACCGAAGCGGAGAGGCAUAAUCAGGAAGUCUGCCUUCCGUUUUUUGUAAAUAGAGGAAAGCAAUGAACUUGUAAGCUAGAACCUUGAAAGACGCUUGAAAAAGAGUAUAAUUCUAUCCUCUAAAACAAGCAAUUUCCCCCCUUGACUGCAGGAGAGAAGGGGGGAAAGGUUUGAACUGUAUUUUCCUGUAAAAAGAGAGAAAAGGAAGCUAAGAAUCCACCGCUUUAACCGGGGAACGGACUGCCAAUGAAAAAUAGAAUGCCGUACUGUGAAAUGCGCUGUUGGUGAAAGUACUUUUUGACAGCUAACUCCGCAAGUCUGAUACAAGUGAGAUACAAUAUUUCUGGCUGGUUUCCCCUGGUUUCAAAGUAACUGGAAAAUAACUGAAUUUAAAACUGUCAUCUAUUUUGUGAGCUGGGGGAUUAAAAUAAAAAGGACAUUUAUUUUAAAGUAACAACUGUUGCCUGUUACUGUGUCCCCCUAGAGGAAGUUUGAGAUUGUUACAAUAACAACUGGGCCAGGGGAAUUUUCCACUUCAUAACAAACUCUGAUCGUGGGACUGACCUUGAGUAUUAUCUAGACUGUUAUGGCAAAUGGAAAAGAGAAGAUAGAUUUGCUUCAGGAAAAGCAACGAGGUCUGGUAGAGUGUUGCGCACAGACGUUGGGCUGCAGCGAAGAGCAUCAACAUCUGGCCCUCCUGGUUUACCAACAGGAGCUGCAUUGGCACAAUCUAAACCCAAAGGAAUGGCUUCCGAAGAUGUUUUAGCUCAGGCACUUGGCAAAAUUAAUGAAUCUUUGGAAAAAUUAAGUAAACAAGUAGCUGAAGCAUCAAAUAAAAUUGAUCAAAAUACUACAAGCAUUAACAAUUUGGGACAGAAGGUAAAUACUAACACAGAAACUAUUGAGAAAUUACUACAGGAAUCUACUUCGACCCAAAAGACAGCUGAAGAAGCAAAGGAAAUAGCAGUGGCUGUAGAAGAGAAGUUACCACCGAUACACAAGCAACUGGAAGACCAUAGGUCAAUACUGUCUAUGAUUGAAUUGAAGGAGAAGCAAACGAAUCUAAGAAUCAGGGCUGUACCCGAACUUGAGAAAGACAACUUGAUUGAUUUUCUUACGCAGGAACUUGCAGACUUUUGGAACCCAGAUUUGGAGAAGGAUAACUUCAAGAUAGUGAGUGCUUUUAGGCUUGGAAGAGGAGGGAAGAAGAACAGGGUGAGAGACUGUUUGAUCACCCUCCGAACAAAAGAGGAGAGAGAUAAAAUCUUGAGUCUGCACUUCCAGAAGACUUUGGUAAUACAUCAGUCAAAAGUGGAGAUAUUUAAGGACAUUCCGAAAUAUCUUCUAGACCUUAGGUCCAAUUAUAGAGAUUUGGUUGCCCUGUUGAGAAACAACAAAAUUAUCUUUAGGUGGGAAGUCCCCAAGGCCUUUCUUUUAGCUUCAAAGGAAGAAAGAUAAAAAUAAGAUGAGAGGACGACAAAGCAAGAUUUUUGAGAGACCACGGUGAAGACCUGCAGAAAGAAACUGGAGAAGAGCCAGGAAUACUAGAAAGAGGAACUUUAGACAUACCAAAACUAGCUUUUGAAUUAAGAGACCGCCUGGAGAAGGUGAUACCACCUACAGAACAGGAACAAGCACUUGGUGCAGUUGGAGGAAAGUAAAGCAACUACAUCAUGGCUCUGCAACUACUAAGCUGGAAUUGUAACGGUUUGAAUUCCCCUCAGAAAAGGAAAUCUGUGUUUCAUUUACUAAAAAAGGAACAAUUGGACUUGAUUUGUUUACAGGAAACACAUGUAAUAAGGCUACACAGGAAAGUAUUGAUUAAUAAAAUCAAUUGGGCCAGGAAUUUAUUUCUUCGGAUAAAUUUAAAAAAAGAGGCGUAGUGAUUUAUGCAAAGGAGAGACUAUUACCGAAAUUUAUCUUCAAAGAUGACCAAGGAAGAUUUGUGGCAAUUGAAAUUCAAAUACAAGGAGAGAAAUUUUUAAUAGUAGGAGUUUAUGCACCAAACGAGGGAAAAUCUGAAUUUUUUAAAAAGCUGCAUGAGACCUUGAUGGACUAUUUGGACUAUAAUGUGAUUUUGAUGGGAGAUAUGAAUGGAGUGGUAUCUACACACAUGGACAAGGCACAUAGACAGCUAGUCACUAAGGAUGGUAGACUACCGAAAACCUUUUUUGAGAUGACAGACAACUUGGACUUAGUCGAUAUUUGGAGAACAAAGAACCCCUUGGCUAGAGAGGGAACCUUCUUCUCUGAAGCCAAACUGACAUGGACAAGAAUUGACCAAAUAUGGGUAACUAGAGGAAUGGCACCAAAGACAAGAAAAGUGGAAAUCUGCCCAAAAACUUGCUCCGACCAUAACGCUGUUAAGAUGGAAAUGAAACUAACACCAACCGGUUCCUUCAGAUGGAGGAUGAAUGACACCUUAUUUAGAGAUGAAGAAGUGAUUAAGAAGGCCCAAAAAACCUUGAGAGACUAUUUUGAGAUAAAUAUGAACACCAGUGUUGAAAAAAGAGUAAUCUGGGACGCAAGCAAAGCUGUUAUGAGAGGGUUCUUGAUACAACAGAAUGCAUUAAAGAAGAGAAUCCAAAAUGAAAAGAAGGAUAAAAUAUUGGAGAAAAUAAAGGAAAGUGAAAAGAAAUUGAGAGCAAAACCAAAGUCGCAAGAGAUCUUGAGAGAAAUAAAAUUAUAUCAAGUACAAUACAUGAAAAUGAUGAAUCAGGAGAUAGAAUGGAAAAUUAAACAAAUGAGACAAAAGACAUUUGAGUCGGCUAAUAAAUGUGGGAAAUUAUUAGCUUGGCAAAUGAAAAAAAGACAAAAAUUAAAUACUGCUACAAAUUUAGAAGUGGAAGGAAGGAAUAUACAGAACCCAGUUGAGAUUAGAAACUGUUUCCAGAGGUACUUUAAACAAUUAUAUACACAAGGGCCACAGAAAGAAAUUGACGUAGACCGAUUUUUGAAAACAAAUGGAUUACAAAAAAUUUCUCAAGAAAAUAAAUUAAUGUUGAACUAUAAAAUAACUGAACAGGAGGUAGAAGGUGCCAUUCAGAAUAUGCAACUAGGUAAAUCUCCAGGACCGGAUGGAUUGACUUCUAGAUACUACAGAUCUUUAAAAGAAUGGCUAGUACAACCUUUAAAAGAAGUCUGUAACGAAAUAAUGGGAGGAAAAAGGGCACCAGAGUCGUGGAAAGAAGUGUAUAUUACACUUGUACCGAAAACAGAGACUGAAAAGACUCAGCUUAAGAACUACCACCCCAUAUCAUUGCUCAAUGUGGAUUACAAAAUCUUUGCAGACAUUUUGGCUAAAAGACUAAAAAGAGUGCUAGUGGAAGAGAUACAUAAAGACCAAGCAGGCUUUCUCCCGGGUAGACAUCUGUCUGAUAAUGUGAGAAACAUAAUUAAUAUUUUAGAAAAAUUACAAGUGAACAUAAAUACUAAGGCAGUUUUGAUAUUUGUGGACGCGGAGAAAGCUUUUGACAACAUUUCUUGGAGUUUUAUGAAGAAGAACCUACAGGGGAUGGGGGUAGGCCAAGGUUUUGAAAAUGGUAUAAGUGCAAUUUAUUCAGAACAAAAGGCUAAAUUAAUUGUAAAUAACGUGGUGACGGAAGAAUUUAAGAUAGAAAAAGGGACACGACAAGGUUGCCCAAUCUCCCCACUGCUUUUUAUAUCGGUCCUGGAGGUUCUGCUGAAUAUGAUUAGAAGGGACCAGUUGGUUAAAGGUAUACAAGUCGGAGCUAAACAGUACAAGUAGAGAGCAUUUGCAGAUGACCUAGUAUUGACGUUACAGGAGCCAGAAUCUAGUACUAAAAGGGUUUUGGAACUGAUUCAAGAAUUUGGUCAGGUUGCAGGAUUUAAACUGAAUAAGUUAAAAACUAAGGUUUUAGAGAAAAACUUAACUGUGAUGGAGAAAGAGAGGUUUCAGAAUGAGACAGGUUUAACAGUGGCUAAGAAAGUGAAAUACCUGGGGAUUAACAUGACAGCUAAAAAUGGGAAUCUAUUUAAAGACAAUUAUGAAAAAUGUUGGACUGAAGUGAAAAAAGAUUUAGAAAUCUGGUCAAAUUUAAAGCUUUCACUGCUAGGCCCUAUCGCUGCUAUAAAAAUGAAUGUUUUGCCUAGAAUGCUGUUUCUGUUUCAAACAUUGCAAAUUUUGGACAAAAUGGACUGUUUCAAGAAGUGGCAGAGAGACAUUUCUAGAUUUGUCUGGCAGGGCAAGAAGCCUAGAAUAAAAUUCAAAAUACUAACGGAUGCAAAAGAAAGAGGUGGAUUUGCCCUGCCAGACCUUAAACUUUAUUAUGAAUCAGCAGCUUUUUGCUGGCUGAAAGAAUGGCUGCUUCUUGAAAACACAGACAUUUUGGACUUAGAAGGUUUUGACAAUGUAUUUGGAUGGCAUGCAUAUUUGUGGUAUGAUAAGGUCAAAGCACAUAAAGCAUUUAAAAAUCAUAUUGUCAGGAAAGCAUUGUUUAAUGUCUGGAUAAGAUAUAAAGACCUACUGGAAAAUAAAACCCCAAGGUGGCUGUCACCGAUGGAAGCGAAAGCUCUGAAAAAGCUCAAUAUGGAGGCCAAAUGGCCGAAAUAUUGGGAAAUUCUGGAACAAGAGGGAGACAGAUUGAAACUGCAGAGUUUUGAAAAACUAAAAAAUAAAGUGCGAGAUUGGCUUCAUUAUUAUCAGAUAAUGGAGGCAUAUAAUUUGGACAAGAAAAUUGGCUUCCAGGUGGAAAAAUCAAAAUUAGAAACAGAACUGUUAGAACCCAAAACGAAGAUUUUGUCAAAGAUGUAUAACUUGCUGUUGAAAUGGAAUACUCAGGAUGAAACGGUUAAAUCUGCUAUGAUUAAGUGGGCACAAGAUGUUGGACAUAACAUAAUGAUGGCUGACUGGGAACAGUUAUGGACCACAGGUAUGAAGUUCACGGCAUGCAAUGCCUUAAGAGAGAAUAUUAUGAAAAUGAUAUACAGGUGGUACAUGACACCAGUCAAGCUUGCAAAAAUCUAUCAUUUGCCCGAUAAUAAAUGUUGGAAAUGUAAAGAAACUGAAGGCACAUUCUUUCACCUUUGGUGGACGUGCCCAAGGAUUAAGGCUUUCUGGGAGAUGAUCUAUAAUAAAAUGAAAAAGGUAUUUAAAUAUACCUUCCUGAAGAAACCAGAGGCCUUUCUCCUGGGCAUGGUUGGCCAAUUGGUGCCAAAGAAGGAUAGAACUUUUUUAUGUAUGCCACAACAGCAGCAAGAAUACUUAUUGCGAAGUAUUGGAAGACACAAGAUUUACCCACUCUGGAAGAAUGGCAGAUGAAGGUGAUGGACUACAGUGGUGCCCCGCAAGACGAAUACCUCGCAAGACGGAAAACCCGCUAAACGAAAGGGUUUUCCGUUUUCAAUGCGCUUCGCAGGACGAAUUUCCCUAUGGGCUUGCUUCGCAAGACGAAAAUGUCUUGCGAGUCUUGAGAUUUUUUUCCGCUUCCCCCCCCCUUUUUCUAAGCCGCUAAGCCUUUAAUAGCCUUUUAGCAGCUAAGCCGCUAAGCCGCUAAGCCUUUAAUAGCCGCUAAUAGCGCUAAGCCGCUAAUAGGGUUGCUUCGCAAGACGAAAAAACCGCUAGACGAAGAUACUCGCGGAACGGAUUAAUUUCGUCUUGCGAGGCACCACUGUACAUGGAAUUGGCGGAAAUGACUGGCAGAAUCCGAGACCAGGGUGAAGAGUCAGUGGAAGAAGAUUGGAAGAAAUUUAAAGACUAUUUACAGAAAAAUUGUAAAAUUAAUGAAUGUUAGAAUGAUGUCAGAAUGAAAUUAAGUGGUUCUAGCAGCAGUGUCAUAAAGGUAUAUAAAAAAAUGGCUGGUCAAUAGGUGAGAAUUUAAAGCUAUAAUAUAUUAAGUUAAAGGUCUAAGACAAAAACAAAGAGGGAAAGGAAUUGCUGAAUUAACCAAUUGAACUGGAAUACAAAAAAGGGAGGUGAGAGGUCAGGAAGGCAAGGAAAUGAAAUAUAAGAUACGAAAGGAUAAAUUUGUUUCUAAGUGUUCUUUCUAUAUUCUUUUUUAUACUUUGCAUUUUGUAUGUUUUUUCUCUUUUUUUUCUUUUUCUAUAUUUUUCAUUGUCUUUUAUGUAACUUUUUGUUUUUGAAAUCUUAAUAAAUAUCAUUUUUUAAAAAAAUAAUAUUGUAUGUAAAAAUGCUGUAUACCAGGCAUAGGCAAACUCGGCUCUCCAGAUGUUUUGGAACUACAACUCCCACCAUCCCUAGCUAACAGGAUCAUGGAGCACCAUAUGUUUUACUCUCCCAGCCACUGCUCUCAUUGGCUGAAUUGCCCCUCUAAGUAUUGCAGUAUAGUAGUGCCGUAUUAGAGGGAGCUUUGUGUACCUGUGGCUUUUGAAGCAGACUGUAUUUUCACUAGAUUAGGUUAUAAAAAAGAUUGUGCUAAAUUAGCUGAUAAAUCUAGGGGGAUAACUUAGUGGUAGUUGAGAGAAAGCUCUUAGAUUUUUAUUUUUUGAAAUGUUUGUUAAUUUCCUGGAACAGUGAUAUUUAUGGUGUGUAUUGAUUAUUUGUUGUGCUGCUACCAUCUAGGCUGAGAAGUAUAACUGAAAAAGGUUCUUCAGUAUUUUCUAAAUAUAUUAAUAACUGCCGGGAAACACUUACUAAUUGCACUGUACACAAAAAUUAAGUUACAGACUGUAGCAGUCUAAUGUGAACAAUGUUAGAGUGAAAUAUAGUGUACUUUGCAUUUAUUUAUUUUUAAUUUAAGUGGAUGAAAUGAGGUAUUCCGUGGGUAAGUCAUAGAAAAAGCGAAUUGCAAAUUGUAGAGUGCACAGACAGACAAUAAUGCAUUAUGGCACUGUCUUCAGCUUGUGUAUCAGGACCCACUAGUGGGUUGCAGCCUGAUCUAAGGUGGGUUGCAACAGGAGCACAACCACCAUGCAAAUAUAUAGUAAAAAAAAAAAAAAGGGUUCCCAAAUGUAUGUUUGGGUUAAAAAUCCUGGAACUGAAAAGGUUGACCAAGGUAUAGACCCAAGUGUGAGGGACCUUUGGCCCUGCAGAUUCUGCUGAACCACAACCCCCAUCACCUUUGGGGUUCAACAACAUGAGGUCCACAGGUUCCUCACUUUUGCGUUAAAGUGAACCCUUCAAUUUACCCAUGAGAAUUCAUUUUAAAAGUUUGUUCUGUUAAUCACUCUGCUGUGCCAAUUUGCUUGUUCUGUAUUGAUUGUAUUGGGGGGGGGACAUUCUGCUUACAGGUAGAAUAUAGAGAAAUGGAUGAAAGCCUUGCUAACCUUUCUGAAGAUGAGUAUUACUCUGAAGAAGAAAGGAAUGCUAAAGCAGAAAAAGAGAAAAAGCUGCCUCCUCCCCCUCCCCCACCACCUCCUGAGGAAGAGAAUGAAAGUGAGCCAGAAGAGCCAUCUGGUGAGUAAAGGGCCCCCAUCCAGCAGGACAACAAUGGUCUUGCACAUUUGAAGGCAAUAUGAUUGCACAGACACUCCCCAUCCACUGAGUUUAACUUAGAUUAGUUAUGGCAUGAAGGACUGAAUGCCAUGCAGAAGGUAUGGAUGAUAGGCCACACAUGAGCAACAUUAAUGUGACCCUGGAAAAAUAUUAUUUGCUUUGAACAUGUAUCUUCAGAUUUAUUAAUCAACAACCUUAAUAGAGUGACUUCACUGACUCCAUUGCUUCCUUACCUGGCCUUAGAUUUACUAUGCUCGCAAUCAUCUUUCUGUGGUCUGUUGAGAAUCCCACAUAUUGGCUGAUGAAAUUUUCUAGCUUUGCUUUGCUAAAUUGAGUCAUUCUCAUCUCGCUCUUUUUUUGUAUUCUGGGUUUCCCCCCAUACAUUUUAGCUACUUGGCAACACGUUCAGUUGCCUUUAAUCCUGCUAAUAAAACUGGUUCUGCCUGGUCUAAAACUACUGUGAAUCUUGAUUUCUUAAUAAAAGGGCCACUUUUAUUUUUGUAUGAAUCUAGUUGUAGCUUAGUUCUCCCUCUAUUAAAUGUCAGAAGUUUAGCUUGAGGAGAGUAAAGAGUCUCGCUUAUGUCCAUCCCUAAAAUACUGCCUCCAACUUGUAAGAAUUAGUGGUUGUGAGCCAAAGCUGCACCCUGGGGAAUCUCCUAGCUGGCUGACACAAAGUAUGCCCUCUGUGUUUCUAAAGCUGCCUAUGCCAAGCUUCAGUUGUAGGAUGUUAUGGCAAAAUGGCAGUUGACAUACCACCAUGUGCUUUGGGGGGCGGCAAAUUGCAUUUUUCUGCAUAUCACACUUCCUCACAGUUUGGGCAGGGGCUGACCAGAAGCCUAGGUGGAGUUGUAGCAACCCUUUAGCCGUUGAUCUCCUGGCUCUAUUAUUUGGGUUGAGGAGUAGGCAUCAGCUGAGUGAACACAGCUUGUUUUAGGCCACUUAAGUAGGUUUCAGACAAAAUAUUUUCUAAUUGAAUUUGUGUAGGUAGACUUCCUACUUGAAAGAUCUAUGUUCUUACUUUCCUUGUUACAUGUCAUUGUCAUCUGUUGCAAAAGGGGAGAAAUGUCCAUCUCAUGCAAAAUGCAAGUCUUCUGCAAUUGGAUAUUUUUGUCAAUAUUUUUUUCUGCCACAAGUUUUUUCAUAGCCCACAUCUGCUAAGAGUUCAGCUUCAUGGAGUAGAUGCUAAGGACAUUUCCUCUUCCCCUGGUGAAGAGGGAAGUGGAUGUUUGUGCCUCUUGCUAUGAGAAUGGUCUAGUCAUAUAAGGUGCGUCUUCCAAUUGGCUGCAGGAGCUUCCUGCACUCAAUCGGAAGCCGCGUCGGACGUUUGGCUUCCAAAAAGCGUUCACAAAACGGAACACUCACUUCCGGGUUUGCGGCGUUUGGGAGCCAUAAUGUUCAAGUCACAAGGCAUUCCUGAACCAAAGUACGACUGUAUUUAUGUUCAAUGCCUUUCUGCUGUCAGUUAUAAACAUAAAUAUUUUGGGUUUGGUCCAACCUAAAUUAGUUGAAUUUGCUCACUGAUUUCAAGUUAGUAAUGACUUAAUUUAGAUUGACUUUGAGGGGUUUAGUGCAAUGAAUGUUGUAAAUAAAUAACUUAGUUUGGAUCAAACCCAUUAUCUCAAAUUUAUGAGUAUUUUCUCCCCACUUUAAGGCUCCAUUCUUUCCCCAUUAUUCAUUUUAGACAUUUUGCCAGCUUUAGUCCAAAGUGCUACAUGUCUGUACUCCUACACUAGUUCACCUGUACAUUUCUUCUUAGUGACCUAUUUUGCCUCCUUUUUAUAGCAGAUAACUAGUCAUGUGCCAGCCUAAAAUGGUAAAAUCUUCAACCUCACUGCUUUGCAUACUGCCCUGGAAUGCGUGCCACUCCUAAGCCAAACCAUGUCCUAGUGAGAGUGUGCAGGCUCCCAAAGUGGAACUCACAGCUGCCUCCCUAGUUAUUUUUGCUGACACGCUGCACUGAGCUAAGCCAAGGUCUGGUUUCACAUUUUGUUUGAACAGGCGCUCAUGGUUAAGUAUUCUCUGGACCAGGGUUCCCCAAACUUGGGUUUCCAGCUGUUUUUGGACUACAGCUCCCAUCAUCCCUAGCUAGCAGGACCAGUGGUCAGGGAUGAUGGGAAUUGUAGUCUAAAAACAUCUGCAGACUCAAGUUUGGGAAACCCUGUUCUAAACUAACCAUGAGGAAAUAACAGACCUUGGCUACAAGUGGUUGUUAGUCUGGAGUGUGCUUAACUACAAGCCUAGGUCUGGACAACACACUAAACCAAACCUUGCCUUAGCUCAUAGCAGCAAAAGGAUUGGGAGCCAACAGGUUUGCAUUAAGCCAUAGCUAGGCUUAGUGUGUUGUGCAAACCAGGCUAUUGAGAUAGGGACUCCUUUUUUUGCUCCUUUGUCAAGAACGACCAUCUUCUUAUGUUAAUAGGACAGCAAGAUGUUGAAAUUAUUGAGCACUUCAGUGUUCUGCAGAUAGGCAGGAGAGCCAGAAUUAGAAAAGUGAGUUGUUUUGUAUGGAACAUAAAUUUGCUUUGUGAUUUAUUGAGAGAAGCUGUUUCGAAAUAUCCGAAUAAAACAUUUUAAACUCUCCACCUGCAUUGUUGCGGUUUUUGGAGCUUUCCAGAAAUAAAUCAAAACUUUAUAUUCAUUUAAAUAAAAGAACUUUGAAAGGUAUAUUUUAUUAUAUUUUUAUUUUUUAAGACCCCAAAAUAUUUUGUGUCAUUUCCCUAUGUGUAAACAUGGCUUUAGAGAGAAACGUUAGGAUUUUAUUUUAUUUUUUUGCCAGCAACCCUAUAGUUGUAGUUCAAGCACAUGCUUUUAUAUUUUCCCUGCCACAAAAAUGGAAUGCAAAUGAAAUAUGUUGACUUUGAAGUGAGAGUACUCUUACAAGGUUGUUAAGAAGUUAAUGGUACAGAAGACUUUUGUUCAGAAAUAGUUUGGUUGAGAACCAGUGUGGUGGUAAUAGAUAGAGUGCCAGUCUAGGGCUGGGAGAGCUGGGUUCAGAUUCUAUGCUAGCUCCAUGCAAAACACAGUUGGCUAGUCUGUGGUUUAAGCAUUGCUUCCUCUGCUCUUUCUUCACGGUAAUGCCCCCUGUAAUUUCACAGCUUUAGUCAUCAUUUCACAUUGCGUAUGCUCCAACAUAAACUAUAGAUAAGACAACCCAUUAUUGAACUAGUUUGCACAUUACAGCAAACCAUUAUUAAACUGUGGUUUAAGAAGUCUGAGCAUCAUGAUGGUGCAUGCUACUUAUUAAUGCCUUCUUUGUUCCUCUGUUCCUGUCUUUGCUGUGCUGAGAGGAAAACAAAACAGAGGCUGGCUUUGCAUUUUGUAUGAAUCCACUUGCUUUGUUUGUUUCCUCCAAAACAUUAUAGAUGUUAAACCAAGAAAAACCUUGCCUUUUGCUCGUGGUUUGUUUGCAGAGAAGCAAACCAUGAGUACUGGUUUGCACAUAAUUCUAAGCUAGCCUCUAAUUUGGUACAGCAAAGGCAGGAAUGAGGGAAGUGGGCACUAAUGAACAACACACUACUCAUUCUUUUGUAAUCAGAGAUUGAAUUUAGUAUCCGCAUGGUUACAAGGCAAUGUGAUAUGUAUUGGUGCGUUUAUAAUGCAAAAUCAUGUUUCAUACUGGAAGUGGGGUUGGUUACACACGUGAUCCUGAGGUCAGCUUCCAGUUUGCAAACAACGUCUUGCAAGGAACUAGCAUUCUGUCUGCUCAGAACCCAAGUGACAUUAGCCAGUGCUAGGAAUUGGGAUAGAAAAGCUUGGAGCCAAAUGGCUUCUGGGACCUGGGUUGUGGGUGCCAGAAUGUCUAGUCACCACUGGGGGGUGGGGUGGUUAGCAACACACUUUAUUAUUUUGAUAAGCAUGAAUUAAUACGUAAUUCACAUGUGACACAUUGGGAGGGUAAAAUGUGGGGAAGACCCGUAAGGAUAAAUAAUGGGUUACCUAAAGGACGUAAAUUUAAACACACAGAUUUGCUGUGUGGUUGUUUUUUUAAUAAAAUCCUUUUGGGUAAAACAAAUGUUGAUGAAUUUCCCCAUUAUGAUUGGAGAAAUAUGCUUGGCUAAGCAAUUUAAAAUCCUGUUUUACAACUCCAAAUGCUUCAUAGAUAUGUGUGAAAUAGUAUAGUUUGAGGUUGAAUCCUGACAAGACAGAAGUACUGUUCUUGGGGGACAGGAGGUGGGCAGGUGUGGAGGAUUCCCUGGUCCUGAAUGGGGUAGCUGUGCCCCUGAAGGACCAGGUGCGCAGCCUGGGAGUCAUUUUGGACUCUCAGCUGUCCAUGGAGGCACAGGUCAAAUCUGUGUCCAGGGCAGCUGCUUACCAGCUCCAUCUGGUACGCAGGCUGAGACCCUAUCUGCCUGCGGACUGCCUCGCCAGAGUGGUGCAUGCUCUGGUUAUCUCCCGCUUGGACUACUGCAAUGCGCUCUACGUGGGGCUACCUUUGAAGGUGACCCGGAAACUACAACUAAUCCAGAACGCGGCAGCUAGACUGGUGACUGGGAGCGGCCGCUGAGACCACAUAACACCGGUCUUAAAAGACCUACAUUGGCUCCCAGUACGUUUCCGAGCACAAUUCAAAGUAUUGGUGCUGACCUUUAAAGCCCUAAACAGCCUCGGCCCAGUAUACCUGAAGGAGCGUCUCCACCCCCAUCGUUCUGCCCGUUCACUGAGGUCCAGCGCCAAGGGCCUUCUGGCGGUUCCCUCAUUGCGAGAAGCAAAGCUACAGGGAACCAGGCAGAGGGCCUUCUCAGUAGUGGCGCCCGCCCUGUGGAACGCCCUCCCUUCAGAUGUCAAAGCGAUCAACAAUUAUCUGACAUUUAGAAGACAUCUUAAGGCAGCCCUGUUCAGGGAAGUUUUUAAUGUGUGAUUUUAGUGUAUUUUUGGUUUCUAUGGAAGGCGCCCAGAGUGGCUGGGGAAACCCAGCCAGAUGGGCGGGGUACAAAUAAUAAAUUAUUAUUAUUAUUAUUAUCUGCUAGAAAGAAAACCUUUGCAGUAAAUGUGUAGUUCUGUAUUUCUGUGAAGCCCAUUUUAAUUGAGGGGCAGAGGAGAGUGUUGGUUAGAAUUGGAGUUUGCGGGAGGCACAAGUUGUGCGUUUCCACACAAUAAGUGCAAUCUGCUAGUUCACUUUUCCAUAAUAGAAUGGAAAGAAUGUUACACACGCAUGCACACAUGUUACCUAUGGUCUGUUUUCAUUUUUUAUGUCAGUAGUCAGUAACUGUUGUGGCUGAGGAAUCAGAUUGAGUACCACUGUUGAGCAGGAAGCCAAGUCCCAGGAUUCUAUCUUCUGUACUUCCUCUCUGCCUUUGCAUUCCUUUCUUAGUGCAUGUGUCUUUCACUGUGCUGCCCCUUCAUGGCCCAUAUUACUUCAUUGGCAACUAAAAAGGGCAAACUGGGGCAGGGGGAUAAUAUCUGUUCUUAAAAAAUUCCAAGCAUAAUAAAGACACAUGUCCAUAUGGCCCUUGCAUUUUAUUGGGAUCCCCUCUUCUGAAAAAAAGGAGACUGAAAGAAAAAGUGAAACAGUGCCAGGAGCAGGUCAGAAAUAAUUCACAUGGCUUCAGUGAAGUUAACUCUUUAGUCAGAGGAACAAGGCAGCUUAGGAGGUCAGGCCUAGAGAGCACAGCAACACUGGGUAGCUCAGUUGGUUAUAGCAUGGUGCUGAAAAUGCCAAGGAUGCACAAAUUUAUAUAUUAUUUGAAAGAAAACUGUAAACACCUGAAAACGUUUGUAACUUUAACGUGAAAUGUUUUGUAAUGAUGAAACAAGGAGCUAAUUUAUAAAUGAGAGGGUGAUUUUUAAAUGAUUAUAUAAGAUAAAGAAGUUAUUAUAGAAAUGUGAUAAAUAUGUUAAUGUUAUAGGAAAGUCAGAAAAGAGGGAGGGAAGGUCAUUGCUCUUUUUGAGUAAAAAUGUAAGCUUUGGAUAUGUAUUAUGAAAUGAAUGAAAUAUGGAAAACUCAAUAAAAAUCAUGAUAAUAAAAAAAAGAAAAUGCCAAGGAUUCAGGUUCGAUCCCCUUAAGGGACAGCUGCACAUUCCUGUAUUGCAGGGAGUUGGACUAGAUGGUUCUCAGGGUCCCUUCCAACUCUUGUGAUUAUGAUUAUCCUUCCUGAUAGAACCUGCCCCUAUUUGCAAGGACCGAAGGUCUCCUUCACAUCUCUAUCGUCUCCUCUUCCCCCAGUUCCUUUCCAAGCAAUCUGAGGCUCCUUUGUCUUCAGCCUGGCUUCCUAACCAGCCUGACUCAUUGCUGCCCCUAUGCUCCCCUCCUCUACAGCCUCCUUUUCUGCCUCUUGCUCUGGACUGCUCUCUGCCACAGACUCUUCCUUCUCACUAAACCCUGUUAACCCUUCAACCCAAAGCCCUGCUGUUCAGAAACUACGUUUCCCUUCCCACUUGUAGGUGCAUUAUCUCAUGCAAGUUGAGCUUUUGUACUUUAAAAUAAAAAAGUGCUUUAAAAUAAAGAAAGUGCCAACAACACGUUGCUGCUGCUUUCUGCAAAAAUCUGAUGGGAAUGGAUAGAUGUCUGUCAAAGAAACAAGACAUAGUCCAUUCCUCUUACCCUUUUGCAAGCGACAGGGAGAAGUUGCUGCUUUCUCCCAAAUGCCAACCCACAGGGAGAAAAUCUACACUGGUUCUCUGCUGCCCCAAGCACAGGAAGAAAAGGUGGUUUCACUCUGUGUUGGGGCUUUUGCAGAAAGCCCCAGCUUUGCCUCUUUGUUGCCUCUUGUAAAAACCUAAGGGGAAGAGAGUAAAGUUGCCUUUUUCAUUAACUGACCUCCAUUGCAAAAAGAGCCAGUAGUUGCUUUCUCUUUCCCUUAUUUUCUUCACAAAGAAUGGGGGAAAGUGAGAAGUGGCUUCACACCUGCAGAUUGUGCUUUUGCAGAAUAUGCAAAGCAUUGUCUUGCUGCUUCUGCCUCCUGGAAACUCGCAACAGAAAGCAAAGAAGCGAGAUCUUGUCUUGGCAGAGGAGAAGGGAGGGUUUCUCUUGCUUCCUAUUGAGCUUUUAGAGGUGGUAGCAGCACAGACAACGUUCUGCUGGUGUUUUCUGCAAAACUACAGCUUGCAAGAUGAAAACCUCUUCUUUCUCUACCCCCACCCCCAGUCAGUACAAAGAAAAGGAGUGUUUUUUUCUCUUUUCUCUUUGUGCUUUUGCAACAGGUAGCACUAGGGCUGCUCAAUACCCUUCUUUUCUCUGAGUUGAGGAAAAGAGGGUUUUCAUCACAGUAAUAGUAAGCCAGCCAAAACAUGUCACCACUGUUCAAAGUGCCCUUUUCACCAUAUGAAACAGAAAAGAUGGGUAUAGUAGUUCAUUGAGAAUAGAUAGCCAUGAUAUGGCUCCUACUGGGUCUGAUUACCAAAUCUUUUGAAGUUUUACCGUGUUCAGAGUAGGCCAGAAUGGUAUGGUGAGCUGCUUACUGAUAUGUUAGUAUAUGGUUCAAAUAUGCUCCCCUGUUAGCUCCCCUUCAGUCCUGAAAGGUUAUUUUGCAUGUAGGAGACCUUUAUUAAUCAUACUCGUUCAGAGAAUUGGAGCUUCCCAUAAGGUACUGUUUUGGAGGCAUGUUGAUGUAGGCAUAGCCUAGCAAUGUGUAGCUGAGGAGCAGCAGUGUAUUCCCAAUCCUUUUCCUUUUAGAGAUGAAUUACAUAGUUAGAAGCAGUAGAAUGAAGCUCAGGCCUGGUGUGUGUAUGUAUAGAUAUAUAGAUACACACACACACACACACACACCAGAUAUAUAGAUAUAUGCCACUAUAGUUUAGUGGUAUACAUACAUAUAACACUAAACUAUAGUUUGAUGUUACAGGAAUGAUCCUGCUUCAACUCAAGUUAUCCCAUCUCCCAUUCCUCCUUCCAGGCACGGCUAAGGAGAUUUGAAGCAUUCAAUUCCGGUUUAAAUGAAGUGUAGCUUCUUAUUGCCUUCACUAUGAUUUAUUGAAACAAGCACGGAUCAAACCAUGGCUUCUCACCCUGGCUUGUUUAAAUAAACGGUAGUUGAAACUACGGUAAUUACAGUUUGCCUUUAUGACCCACAGUGACAAACUGCUGUCACUUUAAACCAAUUCAUCCUGGUUGUGUGCCUGGGUGUGUGGUGGGGCUUACUGGGCGUGCUCAUUCCCAUAAUGUAAGGGAGAGAUAAUUUAAAUACUUAUUUCAGGGACAUGUUUUUCAUGCUUUCUCAGGAUCUGUUGAAAGCUCUAAAUCCUGUAGUUCAGUUCUUUAUAUGUGUCAACAGUACGCUUAUGGGUGAAUGCUAGCACAGUCAGCGUAAAUGUUAUUUAGUAUUUGUGUAGUUGUAGCCUGCAUAUAGAGUCAGUGAGUUUCUAGCCUUAAUAUGUUUGUAGCUUGUAGAAGAGAAGUAAGAUAGCAUCAGAUUGGUUCAUGUUUCCAAGCAAGACUUGGCUAAGCCGUAACAGAUCCUUGGUGUUUCAAACCCUUGGCUAGACUGUCCAUCUACAUAUUCUUCCUACUGGUCACAGGAAGUAUUAUCUUUAUUUUGUACUAAUCUGUUUAAAAAAUUGUUUCAUAAAUUUUUAACAGCUAGGUGCCCUGCCAAUACGGUGUAUAUCUAUUGCUCGUGCCCCGCAGGAGUCUGACAAAGGGUUCCAACAACAAGGAUGAAGCAUUAGAAGAUUGCAGAGUGUGAUGCCCUUGACCCACAUUCCAGAAGAUGGAAUUCUCAGGAAAUGUCCCCCCACUAGUUGGUGAACUACUAAACCUGAAUCGCCAGCUAUCAGGCCUUCAUGUCCCCAAAUGACUUGAACUUGUGGAGCAAGGUCCCUGAGAUCUCCUCUUUCCUUCCACAGGGCAAGCAGGAGGACUUCAAGACGACAGUUCUGGAGGGUAUGGAGACUGCCAAGCAUCAGGUGAGGGUGGCGUUUGAUGCUUGCCACUUAGUAGCAAGAGCCCCCAAAAUCAGGGAUUGAUGCUUGCAAGUGCAUGUGUGGGGUGGUGGUCAGGUUUUAGCAUGAGGCGCAGGAGAAAUGCAUUUGCCCACUGAAAAGGAGGGAUUUCUAUUGCAGCUGGAGAACAUGAUGGGAAAUUAAAAGAACUCUGAAAUUCAUGGGACAGAUUUCAUAGCUUCACCCCCCCCCUUCCCUGUGUUUGGUAGAGAAAACAAAGUCACUUUACAAGUUGAAGGGGCACUUAGACUCCCUCCUUUCAGAGCUGUAGGACUUUUUGCACAGUGUGACUCUGUGUGGGAUUCCAAGGAAUGAUAUUGAGAGGAAUAUCUUUUUUCUAGUUAGUUGCUGUAUGUUUACAUAGAAUUAGGGAGGAAAGCCCCAGUGAACUUUGUGAGACUUAAUUCUCAGUAAACAUGCAGGAGGACUUCAAGUGGAUAGUUCUGGAAGGCAUGUGGACUCUCCUUCCUUGAAGGUUUUCAAGCAGAGGUUGGAUGGCCAUCUGUCAUGGAUCCUUUAGCUGAGAUUCCUGCAUUGCAGGGGGUUGGACUAGAUGACCCUUGGGUCCCUUUCAACUUUAUGAUUCUAUGAUUCGAUGCAUAGGAAUGUAUUGUAAGUGAUAUAAUAGCCUCAGGAUAUGCAGACUGUUUUAAUUUGGUUUCUUUAAGAACACCUCAGAUAGUUCCAGAUGAUGCACAUGGGCUUGAAUUUAUGUCUAAGAAAUCACAAUUUUGAAAGCUCUUUUUGGUUCAUGAAAUGAGAUUAUGGAGUUGGCUCUAGGUACAUUUGAAAUUGUAAAACCAGUGCCGAUAAGACAUGGUUUCUAGAUACGGUAGAUUUAGGGGUGCAUGGUUUUCAAUUUUUUCUUCAAUUUAUUUCCAAACCAAUGCAUGUGUUAGAUAUAUGACUUCUUCAGCUUCACUGAUUUGUGUGAGUGGUGGAGCAAGAGAGCAAGAUGUAAAUGAUUAGAAAUUCAGCCUGAAAUCUCCAUGGUAGUUUAGCUAUGUCAGUAGUCAGACAGUUCUUACUUUGAAAUGUAUUGUAAGCAUUAUAAGUACUUCUUGAAAGGUUUGCAGUGUUGGCUUUUGAAAGAGUGGGCAGGGAAAAUGCUUGGCUGCAUUUCUGAUGCAGUUUGAUGAAGCUUUAAAGAUUUAAGGUUUGUGUACAAAUAUUUCAAUGGGUUGUUUUUUUUAAAUGUCUCAACAAGGUGUUAUAUUUAUAUGUGUGAUUAUUUUGAGUCCUUAAGUGGAGACUGCCUUAUUUUAUUUUAUUUUUAAAUAAUUUUUAUUAACCGGCCAAUCAAAUCAAAUUAAAUCACAUCACAUAAAUUCCGAAUUACAAAGCCGAAUUUUAAAUUUUGUUGUUGAGGGGACCCAUAUUUCAAGAUCCGAAGGGGGAUUCUGAUCAUCUUCUUGCUACUGCUUUAAUAUCCAAAUCAGUCCAAACAGAGUUCAUAAUUCUAUUCAGUCUUGCUGUUUCCACAUCACAUCUUGUUCAUAUAUUUUCUCUUUUUUCUUUAUGAUCUCUCCUGAUAGUCUCCUUAAGCCGAUAAACACCAAUAAUAAUCCUGUGUGAAUUUUUCCGUUCUUCCAAUCCUCAAAUCGAGAUGGUUUCCAUAUAUCAUCGCCUUCAUAGAUGACAUCGCUCGUUCCAUCAUUAAUUACAGAACUGUCGUUCUGAAGUCCCUCUGAGGAGUUUCACCCACAAUAUAAAAACAGCUCUAUUUCUCCUCCCAGACUUAAGUCCUCCGACAGAACUUCCCAAUAUGGCGACGGCAUUUUUAACUGCGUCAUUCCAAAGCCCUUAUACAUUCCACGCUCUUCUUAAAACAUGCUUUGGUUCAAAAGUUUAUUUCCACACAGCCUUAAAUCCACAGCUUAAGUCCUUAAAACGACAUUUCUGACUUGUGAGGGGAGGGGAUUCUUGUUUAAUCACAUAAGGAAAGAAAGGAAAGGUGUUUUUUUUCCCCUCCCCCAUCGGUCGUCAGUCCCUUUACCAUACCGAGUCUUGGCGUAUCUUCUCAUAAUCUAUACUUGUUCCUCCGACUCGUCUUGUUUUAUCAGAGAUCUCUUCUGUUAGCAGUCUUUACUCCCCCUCCUUCCUUGAAAUAUGUGCAUUCGCUUCAUCCAAAUCGUUUCUUUUGAAGUUCUUGCAGCUAGUGGCGCGGAUCAGAGACGGCAUCCAGGAGCGCCGAAAUCCCACAGGAGGGCUUUGUGCCUAGUGCCCCCAUCCCCACAAAUUCGGGGGGUGGUAUAGGGCACAGCAGGCAAGGGCAGUCCCCCCCACCAUCCUGGGGGGGUAGGGAGGCUAAUUACUCCCAUCAUAGCCUCCAAAUUACCUCGUGUGGGUCGGAGAGAUGUUAUUGUCAGCCAUCUUCUGAUGCGCCCCCUAGUGGCCCCCUCAAGUGGAGACUGCCUUAAAUCACUUUUUCUGAAUUUGGGAUGAGUGGGUCAUUUAUUUGUUAAAUUGUAUCCUGCUUUUCUUCCAUAGAGGAGGGAGAUCCAACAUAUUUGGGUUUCCCAGGCAGGCUGCUAUUCAGUGCUUGCCUGGCUCACCGCUAAGCGUCAGACUUCAGAAAUGGAACUGUGUCAGUACGUUUGUUUUGUUUUCUGGGCAAUCUUUUGGAAGGCAGGAGUUAACACACACAUAAGCCAGAUAUGCACCUUGAUUCAGGCCACAUGAUGGCAUCAUUUCCAAGUCAUGCAUUAGAAGUGGAUUUCUGUCAUUGCCAGAGAUUGGUGUGACUGAUUCCUACCCUCAAACUUUAGGAACCAGCCAGAGAUGGAAAAACUCAAGCUCAAGGGCCAGCCAAAUGCUGAUCUCCAGGCCCUUGGGUUUCUGCCCAGGCCACAGCCCUCACUGCUCUACACCCUCCAGUGAUUUUACCUGGCUGGAAUGUGUGCUUGAUCUGUGAUAAUACCUCUUGCUUUCCUGGAUGGAGAGUAUUGUGCAUCUAGCCACACCUACACUUCAACCAUACCCACCACUUGUGUGUAGCCCGCAGAAGAUCACACAUGGAGUGUUGCCCUCAGGCAGAAAGGGUGCCCCAGCUCUACUUCAGACCCAUGGGACCCUGCUAGCAUUUUCUUUUUCAUAUACAGUACUUCCAUUUUGGUUGAAUGCUGCUAGGGUAUAUUUUUGUCUUUGGCAUAACUGCACACAUUGACAUAGAGGAGCUUGCUUUAUGAAUUGCUAUUCCAAACAAAACAUUUGAAAAUAGUUUCACCUGUAUCAGGAUUUAUUUAGCUGGCUCCACACCAGGAAGACUUUCUUAAGUGAAAUCUGAAAGCUGUUCAUCAUACUGAUCUAUAUUAAAAAUGUGCACUGUGUGCUGCUGAUUAUAUUCUACACACUUGACUUGAUUUACAAGUUACUUCCUCAGUGUACAAUGAGUUCCUGAGCAAGAUAAAGCAGACGAGCCUUUAAUAUGUGGACUUGGAAACUAGUUCUUUGAUGUUACACUGAACUGUGUGUUGACGGCUGCUCUGUGCUAAAACACCCAUGCUUAAAUAAACUCUGCAAGUUUGCACUCUUCCUUAUUUUGUGUGUUUCUGCCAUACAAUUUUAAGCUUAACUGCAGGUAUAAGGCCUAGAGAUCUGAUUACUUAAAAUAAAAUUCUAACAUCUCAAGGUACUGAAUUAUAUGGCAGAAACCAAAUUCCAGCAAUUGCACUCUGUGGCAGCAAAUAAUUGAACAUUGAAUUGUAUCAAAUACCUUUCCAAAAUAUGUAACCAUAAUGCGCUUGCAGCUGAAAGAGACUGAUUUUCAUAGGGGAGAACACGAUGCUGGACUUAGAUGGGAAGAUCUAGCGCAACUCUUUUCUGUUGAAUUUGUGUAACUAGUAGACUGCAACUUCUCAAAUCUGCUGGCUGGAUUUAUAUAUUUUUUAAAAAUAACUGCGCUCUUGGGAGCUUGCCAUGUUAUGAAUAUUUAUGUAGUGAAUGUGUAAACCACCCUUCAUGACAAAACUGCCGGUGGCUUAGGUGGCUACAGCAGGUGGUUGCCAAUGUGCCUGCAUGCCCAUCAGUACCUCCUCUGGCACCCAUGAAGGGUCUAAAUAAAUAUCCUCUCAAAAAUCCACAAUGCAUGGGAGACGGUGUUCCUCUUGGCACUAGCUUCACCUCAUAAACACGCUCCCAUUUCUUGGAUGGCAGUGUUAGUCACCCACUUCUGUUUCAUUCUGAACAGAAGAGAAGUACAAAGUGCUUCUCUCUGUGAAGCUGGUGUACAUUUCAUUUCCCCAUUGAUGUGGGGCAUUCCGGUACUAUUUUGUUGUCCUGUCUUUAUUCUGUUCUUCUAGAUGUGGCAGCCAUUUUGUGUUAUGCUACCACCCCCACAAUUUUGUACUAUGCCAUGCCCUACUGCAGCCAUUUUCUGACUGGUGCCCUUGGCACUUCCUCAAAAUUCCAAAUGUUCUCUGUAGAUUUAGUUGGCAAAGGCAAUUGCUCCAUCCUCAGGAUGCCCACUGCAAAGUUCUUUCCUGAUUUUCCAGCAUAUUUGAGAGAAAAUGAGGAGGAAGGGAGUUCCCCUCCCCUCCAUGUUGUGGUUUUCCAGAAAGCAGAAGCUUUGAGGGCAAACUGUGCAGGAAGUGAGAUAAGACCCUGUUUCUUGACCAAGUCUAUACAGCACGGGCAGAUAAGCGAAGACAACUGGGAUUGGGGGCUGUCAGGGUGGCAAGGAAGGGACUGGUGACUACUAUGAAGUCAAUGCUUCAGUGUGGAUAUAUGUUUGAAAGUACAAGGUUGGAAUGUAGUUACCUGAAGCAAGCAUUAAAAAGUACAGAAAACUUGCAAGAAGAAAAUGUACUCCUAGGAGAAAAAGUUACCAAGGGAAAGGAAGGUGAAGCAAAGCUUGUGGCGAGCAGGAAAAGGAAAGUUUGCUUACCCAGCCACAACUACAACCCAACAUUAUGGCCAUAUUUGCAGGCACAUUCCUACCAUUGGUGGACAUCUUGCUAAGAAUAUUUAUAAUAACUGUAUUCAGUUGUCUGAAAGGUAGGGCUGCCAUACUUUAUCUAACCAACUGAGCUAACUGAGCCCCAUCGUUUUAGAUUUCCAUUCUGUUGUUCCCCACAGAAGAUUAAGUUAACCAGUGGGGUAUAACACCCGUCACUUGUUUUGGACUGUCACGUUUCUUCCUUAGUUGACUCAUUUUCUCCCAGGUUUAGUUUGUCCUUUGAAUGCGUUUUCAGCAAUGCCAAACUGAAAUGCGUUUUCAGUUGUCUUGUGUCCGUCUGAAGAGCAUGGUCUGUCUAUCCCUAACUCAUCAUUCAGAGCUGUCGUUAUUGCUCUUGCAGGAGACAUUUAUCAGUGCAUUUGUCACUACAUGUCUGCCAUCAUCUCUUGGGAUUGUUCUUCACAGAUAUUAGCCAGUAGCCUUUACACAAGGCUUGUUCUUAGUGUUGCUUAUUGUCCAGAUCACUCAUUGUAUAAAGGCACAGAGUAUUUGGGCAGAAUUCAGUAACUUAGCCACUGAAAUUUGAGUUAAACUUGGAAGCUAUUUUGUUUUUAAGAAACUUGCACAAGUUAAAUUUAGCUUUGAUGGCCUAAUAUGUAUUAGAAAAGCAAUUUAUUUCGUGUAUCACAUUACAACUUUUAAGUCCAUACUGUGUUUCUAACAUUGUUAAGAUUCCAAGUUUUUUCCAUUUUCAGUGUAGUGCAAAUACUUAGGCUGUCAUUAUAAGUUUGCAUAUUCAGCCUGAAUUCCUAGAAAUACUUAAUAGGGAAUACAAUGAACCUUACUUGGAUACAGUGGACCUUACUUCUGAAUAAGCAUGCAUAGGAGUCUGCUUUCAGUUAUAUUCCCAUUGAUUGCAGUGGAUAAUGAUCUACAUGCAACUGCCUCAAUGAACAUUUGAGCAAUCAUGUAAAUUAUUUGUAGGAUUUUAAUCUUAUGCACUCAGGUCUGUGUUGAAGCAUCAGUGUAGAACCAAUUACUAGAUCUGUAUUUUGUGACCUUUUAGCACUUUACAGCAUUUAGCUGUUUUCAUUUCUGAAGAACUUAAUACCUAAAUGAUGCUCAUUCUUGCAAUAGGAAUGAGUGUUAUUUUUAGGGCAUUUUAUGAAUUCAGAGAAGCCGUCUGUUAAUUGCACAUGAAGUUGUUGCAGAGUUUUAGCCCACCCACUUUUGGGUAGGUGACAUUAAAAACAAAAAACAUUUCAAUAUAAACCUGCAGUUGUUUUUACUUCUGGCAAAAACCACUUGCUAUUUCAAUCAAUCACCUUCUCAGCCUUACUAAUAACUGGAAAUGUCAACGAUAGCUUAACUGUUUUUGACAUUGUAAAAUCGGAAAUGAGCAAUUUUGUGCACUCAGCACAAGUUGUUGUAGAAGAGAAGGGCUUCUGCCAUAGAGACAUUAAGACCUCAGUCCUAAACCCACUUAUCUGUGGGUGAGCCCCAUUGAACCUUCUGUGACUUACAUGUGGGUAAACUUACUUAGGAGUGCCUUGUAAAAGGUGGGAUUUGGUAGGGCUGUCUCCUGAUAUUUAGAAAAAAAUUAAAUGAUAAAAAUUGUAAGUAAAUCAAAUUAAUAUUUGUGAACAUUUGCAUAUGAUUAAACAGAUGUUGGAUGACCAUCUGUCACAGAUGCUUUACUUGAGAUUCCUGUUUUGCAGAGGGUUGGACUAGAUGAUCCUCAGGAUCUCUUCCAACUCUGAUUCUAUGAUAAAUUAAUAUUUUUAAUAGAAAAAGUAUACUUUGGGUGGUUGUCAGCUAAAUUAGAAUAAUCCCACUGAAAUUAAUGAACAUGAGUUAGUUAGGGACAUUAAUUUCAUUGGGUCUACUCUGAGUAGAACUUCGUUGGCUACAAUCCAUAGUUGUUGGUUUUCUGUUUUUAAAUGAUUGCCCAGUUACAGAUGCCCAUUGCAUGUAUUGAAAUUUUUAAAAAUUGGUUAAUCUUAUAGAUUAAUCAAUGAAGGAUUGCAUUCCUAGAUUUUAUUGAAGAUGAGUUACAUUGCCUCCUUUCAUUCCAAUCCAAAAUGCCUCUAAAAUGCAAGGGUGUAAAAAUGAAAUGCCUGGGUAUGGAAUUAGUGUUUCAGUGUUGCCCUCAGAUUAAUUUUUUUUAAAAAAUGAUAUUUAUUAAGGUUUCCAAAAGAAAAGAAAAGUUACAUAUAUAAGAAAAAGAAAAAUAGAAAAAAGAAAAAAUGCAAAAUACAGAAAAAAGAAAAAAGACUUAAAAAAACAAAUCAUUCUUUCCAUACCUUACUUUUCAUUUACUUGUUUCCCUGACCUCCUCACGCCUCCCUUUUUUGUAUUCCAGUUCAGUUAAUUAAUUCAGCAAUUCCUUUCCCUCUUUGUUUUUAUCUUAAUCCUUUAACUUAAUAUAUUAUAGGUUUAGGUUCUCGCCUGUUAACAAUCCAUUUUUACAUACUCCUUUGUAACAUUGCUGCUAAAACCACUUAACUUCAUUCCGACAUCAUUCUAACAUUCAUUAAUUUUACAGUAUUUCUGUAAAUAGUCUUUAAAUUUCUUCCAAUCUUCUUCCACCAACUCUUCUCCCUGGUCUCGGAUUCUGCCAGUCAUUUCCGCCAAUUCCAUGUAGUCCAUCACCUUCAUCUGCCAUUCUUCCAGAGUGGGUAGAUCUUGUGUCUUCCAAUACUUUGCAAUAAGUAUUCUUGCUGCUGUUGUGGCAUACAUAAAGAAAGUUCUGUCCUUCUUUGGCACCACUUGGCCGACCAUGCCCAGGAGAAAGGCCUCUGGUUUCUUCAGAAAGGUAUAUUUAAAUACCCUUUUCAUUUCAUUAUAAAUCAUCUCCCAGAAAGCCUUAAUACUUGGGCACGUCCACCAAAGGUGAAAGAAUGUACCUUCGGUUUCUUUACAUUUCCAACAUUUAUUAUCGGGCAAAUGAUAGAUUUUUGCAAGCUUGACUGGUGUCAUGUACCACCUGUAUAUCAUUUUCAUAAUAUUCUCUCUUAAGGCAUUACAUGCCGUAAACUUCAUACCUGUGGUCCAUAACUGUUCCCAGUCAGCCAUCAUUAUGUUAUGUCCAACAUCUUGUGCCUGCCCUCAGAUUAAUAGUCAAAAACCUGUUUGGGGGACUUAGGUGGUGGUGUGAGGAAAAGAACUUUGCUAAUGUAAAUUGGAUUCCCCCCUGCAAGUAAUCCUGUGUAACAAAUACAUUUUGGCAUUCUUGAUUAGAUUGUUGCAUUGAUGCUGGUUGCAAAUCGCUUGGGUUUCUAGGUUAACCAUUAAGAUGUACCUUGACGUGAUAGCCUUCCUUCCUCAGUCUUCAUGAUCCUGGAGUCUGACCCCUUUUUUUUACUUCCACCAUUCUGUCUUCCCCCUAUUCCUACAGAUGUACCAGACAACUUAGCCUCUCCUGAGGUCUGUGAUUGCCUCCUGGUCUCAGUGGGUUGCUGCUGUUGACCGAACUGCCCUACACUCCAGGUCCUUUUGUGCUCCUUGCCUCCUGCCAUCCCAUACCUGGUCAUGCCUGACCUGAUUCCUUUGUUCAUCUGUGUCCUUGCUGUUCCUGAGAGGCAGCUGUGCACUCACACAAUGAAGAUAACUUCUCCUAUCCACUAUUGACAGCAAAAGUGCUCUGCUUUCUGUACAAAGCACUUUGGUAGUUGCCUGCUGUUAGGCUGGCUAUAUGAAUGCUUGCCCAAUCCCCCCCACCGCACCCUGUUCCACAGUUGUCCACAGUGGCUAACUUUUAAAUGGGCAAUUAUUGCAUUCUCUGCACUUUACAGUAUAUAAAAUCAAGAACUUUGCUGUUGGUUGAUCUGCCUAACUGCACUGUGACACUGUGAAUGUGUUCAUACACAUUUGAGUGCUAGCUUGUUAAGUUGUGUCUUGCAUUAAUAUUUCAAAGAACUAAGUUUUAAAAAGUAAGGAGGUCCAAAUAUUUUGCAGGCAGACACAGUUUGAGGUGACACACCUACACUUCUUAGUCAGGGAUGAAAGUGUCUCCUGAGUUGCAGCAUCCUGGCUUCCCGGGUGUUUCGGCAGUACUUGUCACGUGUGGGUUCUUUCAUUGUAGGUGUGGAAGGUGCCGCUUUCCAGAGCAGACUUCCACAUGAUCGGAUGACGUCACAAGAAGCUGCUUGUUUUCCGGAUAUCAUCAGUGGGCCGCAGCAGACUCAGAAGGUGUUCCUUUACAUCCGAAAUCGGACGGUAUGUUGAUUGCUAAAAGUUUGAUGGAAUAUUCUCAGUGGUCUUUGGUACUGGGGUCUUUAGUUUUAGGUGGUGGUGGUGGUUGUUAAUUGAAUUUAUAUACUGCCCUAUACCAAGAGGUCUCAGGGCGAUUCACAGAAAAGAUUCACAGAAAAGGUUGUGUAUGCACUAUUUCUUCAAAGCACAAUCUUUCCCUCAAAGAAUUCUGGGCACUGUAGUUUGUUAAGGGUUACUGUGAAUGGUAAUUCAGGGCGGGGUUAAACCACAGUGCCCAGAAUUCUUUGAGGGAAAGAAGUUUGAUUUUUUUAAUGUGCUUUAAAGGUAUAGCAUUUACACAGACUAAGACUCCAGAGUGAGGAAGCCACACACAGUCCUCAGGGCCAAAUAUUCAGAUGCACCAGCUUCUUUAAAAAACUACAGCCAACCAGUCUCAGGAGGUCUGGAUAAAGAAAGCUGGUAGGCAUGGAGACAAGUUAUAACAUUGCCAGUAAUUAAAAUGUUGAAAAUAUUUCAGAUUCUUUAAAGAAGCCCAUUCUGCUCCAAACCCAGCUGUCCAAAUACUGAUUCUUGUGGCACAUCCUGACAAACAUUCAUUUUAUUAAGAACAGAAUUUGUAGCCUUCCAUGGCAUUUGCAUUUUAGGGCAUUGACUACUCAGAUGAACUGUGCAGCCCAAUUAACUUCUGUUUCAUUAGCCAUAUUCUUUUCUGAACAUGACUGGGGAAGCAUGCCAGUCAUUUCACUUCAUUAAGCACAGGGUUCAGGGCACUUUUUCAGCUGGGGGCUGGUCCACUGUCCGUCAGACCUUGUGGGGGGCCGGACUAUAUAUAUAUUUUAAAAUGAACGAAUUCCUAUGCCCCACAAAUAACCUGAAGAUGCAUUUUAAAUAAAAGGGCACAUUCUACUCAUGUAGAAACAUGCCGAUUCCUGGAUGUCCACGGGCCGGAUUUAGAAGGCAAUUGGGCCGGAUCCAGCGCCCAAGCCUUAGUUUGCCUACCCAUGAUUAAGAAAGUUACCGAUAGGCAGCAUAAUCACUGCACAUUAGAAUUCUUAAGUAGCCACAAAGCAUAUAUAUGAAGGGUUUUUCCCCUCAAUGCUUUCUAGUAAUUACUAGCUCAGUUACAGAAUUUACAACAGUUUUGUAUGUUUGUGUCAUUCAAAUAGUUGCAGCUUUGGUUGGAUAACCCAAAGAUUCAGUUGACGUUUGAAGCAACACUACAACAGUUGGAAACACCCUAUAAUAGUAAGUUGCCGUUCUUACCUUGCGCAUAAUUGUAAGCUCCUUGGGGUGCUUGACUAGUAAAGCUGGAUAAAGAAAAUAAUAACAGUAACCCUUUUCAUGUACAGUCGUACCUUGGUUUUCGAACAGCUUAGUUCUUUAACGUUUAGACUCCCGAACGCCGCAAACUUGGAAGUGAGUGUUCCGGUUCGCGAACUAUUUUUGGAAGAUGAGCGUCUGACGGGGCUUCCGUGGCUUCCAGUUGGCUGCAGGAGCUUCCUGCAGCCAAUCAGAAGCUGCGCUUUGGUUUUCAAACAUUUUCGAAGUCGAACAGACUUUCAGAACUGAUUCCGUUUGACUUCCAAGGUACAACUGUAAAUCCAAACUGCUGUUACAAAUAGACAUUUGUACAGUCAAGUCUCUUCUUCAGGUGCUGAGCAGCAAAAGCCUCUUGUGACUAUUAAAAACAUAUUUUGCUUGUGGUUAUUUCUAGGAAAGGAGUUUCCCAAUUUGUGUGUGCAUUGGGGAAGUUCGCUCUGAAAAUGCCUUGUUUAUGUACAUGCCACUCAGAGCCCAUGACUCCCCCAUCCAGUAGAUCAAUAUGCAAGCUAUUACUGCAGGGGGAGAUAUCUAAGGAUAUGAAUUCAAACUAAAGCAUGGUAUUUCAGAAUAAGCUUUCCCCCCACUACAGUGAAACUAGCAGCAUUGUAGGCCUGCUCUUCAACAGUUUGUAUAUUAAGAGAGUUUUCUAUUUUGUAGGUGAUACUGUACUAGUUCACAGAGUCCACAGCUAUCUGGAACGGCAUGGCUUGAUCAAUUUUGGCAUCUACAAAAGAGUGAAGCCCCUACCAAGUAAGGAGUUCAAGUCAACACUUGUUCUUUGAAUCAGAACGUGUCAUUUACUUCAUCAUUACAAUAAAGAUUUGGCGGUGGGUGGGAUGGUUAAUUGUUCAUUUUCAGGCUUGAUCUGUCAUACGUCACUGUCUGGAGUGCAGACUCACCUUUGCGGUUUAUGCCAUAUAUAAAUUCAGUUUGAAGCCCAGUGCUCUUUCUGCAGCCCAGCAUGUCUGUUUGCCUCCUAUGUUGCAGUCCUUCAUUUGCAGCUAUUUGAAUACAGUUUUCAGACUAGACCAAACCCUUCAGCUGCUAGUUCUCAUCACUAAUAUAUUUCUCAUUCAUUUAUUGUGUUUACAUCUUGUCUUUCUUUCACUAGAGAAAUUCAAGGCAGUUAACUAUAAAAUCAAAAUGGUUCAAAGCAGUCCAGUGGAAGGAGCCUCAUCCUUUCUUUUCUCCUUCAAAAUAGUCAAUCACUGACGAAGCAAGAGAGGGGAGGGGUUGGAAGGCAAGCAGGCAAAUGCGCUUUCUGAUAAGCUGCAUCAUCUGUUUACUGUGUUGUCCUGUAGAUCUGAGUGCCUGGCCUUGUGGCGCUGUCUGCCCGUCAAGUUCAGAGGGUUACUAUUUAUGGAAUUCUGACCCUUUGGAACAAUUACUUUUCUGUCAGGGUUCCAGGUUUGAUCCAAGAGUUCUUUCCGGGUUGCUGAUUUUCUGAUGCAUCUGAAAACUUAGUUCAGGGAUUUGUUCAGACAGGGGCUUGGUUUGCUUUCCCUCCUAGUGCUAGCAUGCAGUGUUAAGCAAUUUUCUUAAUCUUGUAACCUAAAACCUCCCUCCAGCUGACAGGGAGAAAGAAAGAAACAGAAACAGUGAUCAUAGCUCAUAUUGGUUCUGGCCUUUCUCAUUUUGCCAGAACCUAGCCUGGGCUAAUCAGUUCACUAACAUACCAUUGUUUAUCCAUGCAUUUGUGCUUUUAGCUAAGAAGACUGGCAAGGUGAUCAUUAUUGGUUCUGGGGUCUCCGGCUUAGCAGCAGCUCGCCAGCUACAGAGCUUCGGAAUGGAUGUCACACUUCUAGAAGCAAGAGUGAGUGUCUUGCGCAGUAUGUCUCAGCCUUGUAAUUAAGUCCGGAAGUUACAGUAUUUUUUACUAGGAGCCUGCUUACCCACACAUACCUGCACAAAUCAUUUGUGGCCUCCUGACGGUUCACAUGAUGGCACCACACAUCAAGAGCAGUAGAAAACCUCUGCUGAAUGAGAAGGAGGAGGCUAAGAUAUACCUGGAAACUGCCUGAACAUCUUUACAUCCCGUUUCAGUCCCUGUCACAUGUACCUUUGAGCAUGGCCUCUUCUGCACAUCUAUGUUCUGUCUUUUGCAAAAGUGUAAGAUGCAAGGGUUACGAGGACAGACUUUCUCUGCAGUGGCAUUUGCAAUCUGUGGCCCUCUCAGGUAUGCUAGGGGGUCCUUGCUGAUCAUUUCCCAUCACUACGUAAAAACCUUGCUUUUUGAAAAGCCUUCCAUGCAGGCUGAUCUAUGCUGUUGUAAAACAGUAAUGGCCACCAGCUUGGAUGGGGUUGAUUAGACAAAUCCAUGGGGUGUAAGGCUAUAAGCAGAAACUAGCCACGAUGGCUGUGCUCCACCUCCAUGAAUUGAGGCACUAUGCUUCUGAAUACCAGUUGCUGGAAACAGCAGGAAAGGAGAGUUCUAUUGUGCCCAUGUCCUUGCAGGUUUCCCACAGGCAUCUAUCUGGUUGGUUACCAUGGCAACAGGAUGCUGGACCAGAUGGGUCAUUGGUCUAACCCAGCAGCCUCUUCUUAUGUUCUUAAAUGUUGUGUAGCACUUUAAUAAAUCUUAUUACCUGUUUUAUUUUACUGUAGAUGGUUUACCAUUUUUAUCAUAAUUUAUUACUUUUUUUGAUAUUUUAUUUUACUUUGUAAGCUGCUUUGGGGGCUGUGUGAAGAAGAGAAUGAGGCACAAUAAUAAUUUGAAUAAGCACAUGAAAAACUUGUUUGUUCUUAUGCAGACCUGUUUCUUGUUUACAAGCCUCUUCAUUUCCCCACACAGGAUGCUACAGGGCCUGAGAGAUGGAUUUGAUUAGACACAAAUUACAAUGAAUUCAGGCAAGAGAUGAGAAAUGUAGAAUGAUUUUGUCACCAAGGGUAUAGUGGUGCAACAAAAAAAAAAACAACAACCCAAAAGUUUUCUGAUUCCCUGGCCUUUUGCUUCAUGUUUUUAAGAUACACACCUAAAAUACUUUCUGUAUAUCUAAAAGUGCAGCUUGUAUAACAUGGAGUUUAGAUUGACAGUGGCUCCCAAUAGUGGUUUUAGGCAUUGGAACUUGAUUUUGCCACUGAAAAAACUGUGAAGCAGCCCACAUUAACAUUCAUUUUUAUGACUGAAGAAUAUCAGUGUCAAGCUUUAACCAAUAACAGGGCCUUGAACCCUCUUGUACUGUUUUAUUGUUGUUAGCCGCCCUGAGCCCGGCUUCAACUGGGGAGGGCGGGAUAUAAAUAAAAUUUAUUAUUUAUUAUUAUUAUUGUUCAGUGUCCUCUUAUCCUUGACCUUACCUAAUUCUUCCCGUGCCAGAGUGCUAUUGCCAGUCUAGGGUAGACAAUACUGAACUAGAUAGACCAAUAGUUUGAAAUACAGGCAACUCUGUAACUGCUUCCGGCAGUGUAUUUGAAGUUAGAUAAAUAUUUACUCUUAAUACUGACAUGGAGCUCCCAGAUAGUUUUCCGAUUCAUGCACUGACCAGACUGAGACUUAGUUGUAUUACGUGCCUUCAGAUCAUGCUUGGGAUUGAUGAGAAGUUCAGAGUGUGGCUGCAGGGAUAUAGUUAAUAAAGAGAAAAUUAAGACAGGUGUCAGGGUAAUACUUUACAGGUACAAUUCUCCAUCAAGCUGCUGCAGUCUGUUUCCUCUCAAGGGGCUUCCUGUUUAGUUUUAAGCAUAUUUGGAUUUACUAACCUGUUAGUCAAUUUCAACACUCUUGUUUCCUAUUCUGUUUUUUGUUUUGUUUUUUACAAGAGGGUUGAGUUUUAUUUAAAAUUCGCUGUCCAACACUUUUUUGAAAAAUAAAGCAUUACUGGUAGUGUUUCAAAGGGUUUACUAAAAUUAGCAUAUAGUUUCAGUGAAAGCCCUGUAAAUGUAACCCUCGGAAUUUUUCUCUCUUAAAGGAUCGUGUAGGGGGCAGAGUUGCCACUUUUCGCAAAGGAAACUACGUUGCAGACCUAGGAGCCAUGGUAGUAACAGGACUUGGUGAGUCUUUAAAAACAAGUCUGAAUUCAAACUCUGCAUCUAUGGGCUUAUUACUGAGUAGUUUUGCACAUUCCUUGGCACCCAAUUUUUAUGAUUGGCAAUAGCAGUACUCCAUGGCUUCCCCAUAUGAAUAUUUUUUCUCCCUUUUUCUCUCUCUGGCCUUACUUGGUGGGCCUGUGGCCUGAUUCAGAUUUUUAGUUUAUUUCAUCAGACAGUUGAUCAGUCUUAGAUCAUUCUCUCCCCUAAAGGAAAAGGUGAGAGAAAGCAAAACUAGACGGAGAGAAGGAGGGCCCUUCCCAAUCUCACUACUGGGACUCAGAGUAAACUAUCCAAUAUUUGUGAUUAGUUUUAUCUAGCUGUAUUUUAAGAAUGAGAUGUGUUCCUUCUGCAAGUUUUCCAGGUUUCAGUUCCUUCAUUUGCUAGAUACAAUCCCUCUGGAAAUGGGAAUCGAAACAAUUAUAUUCUUCUCUGUACGAUCUCUCUCUCUCUCUUUUUUUUAGGAGGAAACCCAAUGGCUGUGGUGAGCAAGCAAGUAAAUAUGGAACUGGCCAAAAUAAAACAGAAGUGUCCACUCUAUGAAGCCAAUGGACAAGCGGUAAGUUUGAUGUUUCUUGGAAACAUUCACUUGAGAGAAAUAGUUUGGAGCAAAAUUACAUACUGGCUUGAAAAUAUAAGUCUGUUGCUAAGCUGUUGUUAUACUAGAUAAUAUUUUCUUACUGUUUAAUCAAACUCUUCCUCCUACAACUUAACGCCUUUAGCUGUUCUGUCCACAUUUUAAAAGGGCUGGGUGGUAUAUAGUGUGUGAGCGGAAAGUGCUUCUUGAGCUUUUGUUGCUGUUUUACGUAUGAUUAACUUGAAGGAUCCUUCUUGCAGGUUCCAAAGGAGAAAGAUGAAAUGGUAGAGCAAGAGUUCAAUCGUUUGCUGGAAGCUACUUCAUAUCUCAGCCACCAGCUGGACUUCAAUGUCCUUAAUAACAAGCCUGUCUCCCUGGGUCAGGCUUUAGAAGUCGUCAUACAGUAAGUGAGGUUAUGUUUCAUUGAUAACUCUGAAAAUGUCCUCAGCUGUUGCUGCUGCUGUUGAUGAAAUUUAUCUAUGUGAAGAAAGAAGCCUAGCUUAAAUUCAGUGGAUCUGACCUCUGUGUGUUAAGUAUAUUUUGCUGGAACGUGUCUUCAGGUUUGUAGUAUAUUAACUUUCAGAUCUCACUUUUGCCCGCAUGCCUUCAGAGAAGCCCUGUAUAAGCAAUGACAGUGACCAUUUCACGUAGGGGUUCCGUUCCAGGCCCCCAUGCGUGUCGGCAAAGUGGGUAGAAGCAUGCCCCGCUCCUUUACACCCCACCUCCCUUCUGCUGCCUUAAGGGUCCAAAAGGACCUGUGCGUUGGCGAUCACAUGUCAGUUUGACGCACUUAGAAUGGUUGCCACUUGUAUUCAUGUUUGAGUCUGCCUUAAACCAAGGAGGAGACUGCCAGUCAGUGGGCUUUACAGCUUUCCUUGAGUGUUAAAUACGGGUUUCUUGUGUUUUUGAAAUGCUUGCCAAACGUUUCUGUAUCCCCCACCACUUCAUCUGGGAAUUUGAUGGAGUUGGCUGCUGACAGAAGGCAGUUUCACACGUGACCUGAACAGUACUUUGAGGCAGCUGCUUGAACUUCUGUCUAGCAAGUGUUGCAAUAUGGCCUAAGCCAUGCGUGGAGAACUUCAUACCCAGGGGCCAAAUGCAGCUCUUGGGGGUCUCUCUUUUUGGCCCUUGGGGCUUUCCCAGACCACCCCCCUCACCGGCUCUGCUUUGCACCCUCCUUGAGUGUUUUUUUGUUGGUAGAAUACAUCCUUGAACUCUGGCAAUGCCUCUUGCUUGUUUGUAUGGAGGAUAGGGAUGGGUGUGUGAGUGUGUGUAGAAACUACUCAAUACAAAGGUAAUAUUUGCAUUCGUCGCUCAAACCACUGCUCAGAAGCGGCAUGUGGCUCGUAGAAGGUUGGCAGAAGGGAAUGUGUAUCUUGGGCUGGAAAAUGUUUCCCUAUCCCUGGUCUAGGCCCUAGAUGCUGCUGCAGCCUGAAAUCCUUACCCUACCUCUUGUUUUGCCAUCUGCCAUUCUUUGUUCUUUCUCUUUUCCUUACUUAGAUUGCAGGAGAAACAUGUGAAAGAUGAACAGAUUGAACACUGGAAGAAGAUAGUGAAAACUCAAGAAGAGCUUAAAGAUCUUCUUAAUAAGGUCAGGUGCUUAUCCCAACCUGAGACACGCACAACUCCGUUCCCUUUAUGUACAACUUAUUUCUUGGUGUAGGAAGGUUUUGGCCCCAUUUUGGGGCCAGUGCAGUGGCUUGGAAGAGUCCUUUAUCUGUGCAGUCCUACAUAUAAGAGUACGAUACGCCAUUGCUGUAGAACAGAGCUUUCCAAACUUUUCAGGUUGGUGACACACUUUUUAGACAUGCAUCAUUUCGCGACACAGUAGUUCAGUUUUACUAGCAAAGCGGAGGUUAAACUAACCCCCUUCCAGCCCUGGGCAGAGUGCGGGGAGCAUCUGCCCAACAAACCUACAGUACACCUUGCAGCCGACACACUAACGUGUUGUGACACACAGUUCAGUAAGCUCUUCUGCAGAGUCCUGAAAGGUACAAAAGGGCUUUCCCCCUCUCUUCCUGCUAAGCGUUUUUUCUCUCUACCCCACCCACCUUUAUAGAUGGUGAACUUGAAAGAGAAGAUAAAGGAGCUCCACCAGCAGUACAAGGAGGCAUCUGAAGUAAAACCGCCUCGAGACAUCACUGCAGAGUUCCUUGUGAAGAGUAAGCAUAGAGAUCUUACUGCUCUGUGCAAGGUAAGGAUCAGUGUGAAAAUGGCUUUGCCUACUGAAUACAUUUUUUUUAAAAAAAAGAGUCCUCCAGCUGUUUUAUAUCACAACUCAGGUAGUUUGCACUGCUACAUAUGACUGAAUUUUGCAUCUCAUUUUUGGAUUGGUGCAUUAAAAAAUUUCAUGAAUCUGUGUGUGUGUGUCAAGGCAAAUUACAAAGAUGUCAUAGAAGAUAGUUAAACAUCGUUUCGAAAAACAGCAUCAAAAAUAACUGAAUGUAGCCUUAAAAACAAAACAAAAUGAACAACUGAGGCAGAAUUCUUUUUAUCCAGCUGAAGAAGCCUGUUGAAACAAAAAAUGUUUCCAGAAACUGCAAAUGGUGGGCUGUGCAGCCCCGCUGGUCAGUGCUAAAAGUUAUAGUAGAGAAGGAAGAUUAUCUCCUAUCCUCCUCAAGCUUAAUAAUUACAGAGACCUGACUGGCUUCAACCAGAAAUCAGACAAUUUGGUGUUGCCAGUCCCAUGCUAUGGAACACUUUUCCAGCAGAGAUUCAGCAGCACUCUCGCUUUUGACUCUCAGAGGUCCCUUAAAGACUUUUUUAUACUGAUAACACCUAUACAGCUAUUUAAAACCUCUUGACUCAACAAUCAUUUUAAUAAUUACUUUGAUCCGUUUUUAAUGUUUUUAUAUUUCCAUGUAUGCAUAUGGCUGUAUACCAGCCCAAUAUUUUAUCAGAGGGUAAAUACUAUUAUAAACUAAAUAAUAAGAGAUUUCUUCAACAUUGCCCUUCAGUAAUGUUCUCUUUAUCUAUGCACUUAUCAGGAGUAUGAUGAGCUGGCUGAAACACAAGCAAAGCUGGAAGAGAAGCUUCAGGAACUAGAAGCCAAUCCUCCAAGGUAUAAAAAUGUAGAUGUACUCAUCUGGGUGGCUGGAUGCUAGUGAAGGUGCUUUUUUUCUUUUAGUUAGGUCUUCCUUGAGUUCUGCUUGUCAAAGAGAUGCAGUGGAAUAGUUCAGAUGAUGAAGGAUAAGCCAGUGGUUCUUGAACUGUGGUCUGAACACCGACCAGAGGAUUUUGCUGUAUUCACAACUAGUCCCCAAGUUCAUGAUGAAAGUAGCAUUCUGAAGAGUUGGUGGUUUCUUGGAGGCUCCCACCGCAUGUCAAAGAGGAAAUUCGCUUCUCAGCCUAAUGUUAGUUUUAACCAAAAGUGGUUUGCAGUGGUGGAAGCAUCAAAGAAAGCUUUGCAGUGUGCACAGUUCUCUCCUGUGUGCACAUAGCACUUAGUUCAGUUGCAGCAGAAGACAAACGCAGCACAUGAGCUCUAAUUCAUACUGCCUUUCAACCAUCGCCUUUCACAGCUGGCCGUGUUUUAUUUAUUUCAUAAAAUUUGUACACAACUUGAUUGUAAAAAAACCCCACACACCCAAAACCUCAAAGUGGCUUUAAGGGGAGUAAACGUGGUCCUCGACAGAGCGGUGUUUAAGAAAAACUCUCAGUAAAUUUAUUGUAAAGCAAAAAGCCUUCACGGUUGAAGCAAGCUGCCAUGGCACAUAAAAUCUGGAAGCUAGAAGUCGAUAUUGAAAUGUUGACAACUUGAAAGAAGAGGAGGAUGAACAAUGGGGAAAGGAGGUCAGGGGGAGGGUACCCUUAAAAAGGAUAGGGAGAAUUUCAGUUGGCUGACCAUUAGGAUAGUGUGGAAGCUAUAGGACUGGAUGUGAAAACGGAAAGAGGACAAGGAUAUGAAAUGGUGAAUUGUACAUGGGAGAGAGGAUUUUGGCUGCUUUUCAAGGGACUGGAUGAGUCCAUACUUCACCUUCUUUUCCCCCCCUGUGGCUUAUGCUCUUAUGAGCCUUCAAGGCAGAGAUCAGUCUCUUCCUGUUUAUAGAUCCACUCUGAGCUGACAGGUUAAUAUGCAGUGCAAUAAAAUUAAUAAAAAACUGGGUGCUGGGUACAACAUUGGAUAAAAUCUGAAUGAUCAGUAACUUUUCACCGUUAAGGUGAAAAAGUAGUGAAUGAGUUCCUCUCAAACUUGGCUGUAAGCACAAGGGAUAUUCAGUUGUGUUGAAGGGCAAGAGGUUUGCAAAUGACCCGAUACAGGACCAUGCACUGGUAGAAUCCCCCUAACAGCAUGUUUUGUUUUUCUCUUUGUCAAAAUUAUUUGCAGUGAUGUUUAUUUAUCAUCAAGGGACAGACAGAUCCUUGACUGGCAUUUUGCAAAUCUUGAAUUCGCCAACGCCACACCACUCUCUACUCUGUCAUUGAAACAUUGGGACCAGGUAACUCCAUGUUUUCUCCAUUUAAGUGAGUGAGUGUUUCAAAAGAAGUUUGAAUUUAUCCGUAUGGAAAGAUGGAAUUGUGGAGCAACUCAUGGCCAGGAUUGUGUAUAUUCUUGCCCUGAACACAAAUCUGCUCCAGGGUAACACAAAUUCUGGACCUCCAAAGAGCCUGAAUGUGGAUUUUGCAAAAUUCUUUUUUUAAAGUUAUUUUGCAAAUAAUUAUGUAAAGCACUGAAGUCCCAACCUUUUGAUCACUGAAAGUGCUCUUUCCAAAUGUUUACUCACAGACACACACACUUUCUAUGACUUAGCAGUAUGAUUGCAGAAAAUACACAGCCCUGGCACCAUUUCUAAAAUGCAGCUUUGAGACACAGGACACACUCAAAUACAGACUGAAAACUCCACCUGCACUUUAUUGGUUUCUUUUCAAUGUUGCCAACCAUAGCAGAUUAGAUGCUACUUGGAUUUAUUACUUCAGCAUUCUGGUUUCCUCUGGGCUGGAUGGAAUGUUGCCUGGAUCAGCUCCCCUAUGCACACAUGGUGGGGAAUGAGAGAGCACCUUCCUCCCCACUUAUCUGGUGUACCUUCAACACUACUGGAUGUCCAUGGUAUAACAUUCUUAAAAGGGAUAUAUCCCAAUAAAAUCCAAUAAGGAAUAUAUCCAAUAAAAUCCAACGCACACAGGCCUAAUCAUGCAAAUGAUAUUCCAAAUAAAUUAUAUGAACCGACUACAAUCUGGGUGCAGGAAUUUAUACUUAGCAUGCCUUUUAAGAACGUUGUUCCCUUGUGUAGACGCUCACAGGUGAGACAAGCACGCUGGGUGGGCAGGAAGGAAAGACGUGCUCUUGCUGCUGCAGCUGCUUCUGCCUUCCUAGGAUAUUCCUCCCUGAACUGGCUCAGCUUAGGCAAUUUCCACUCUUUUCAGAAUGCCCCCUGCUUCCUCCCAGAGAUACCCGUUCACUGCAAGUAGCCAAAUGUUCUGUUUCACAUAAGCAGUAGCCUUUCGUCAUUGCCAUCUGUGGGAAUUUGUCACCACUUUUUGUCCAUGGGCAGCAUGUGGGGAAUUCACCAGGGCCAAUUAAUUGCCUUACAAAUUCACCGAUGGGACUUCUGAAUCUCCCCUUCUCCAUUUCAGGAUGAUGAUUUUGAGUUCACAGGCAGUCAUCUGACUGUGAGAAAUGGUUAUUCCUGUGUGCCCGUGGCUCUGGCCGAAGGACUGGACAUUAAACUUAACACAGCCGUUCGGCAGGUUCGCUACACAGCCUCAGGUGAGCAAAACUUGCAGUCAUCGCUGAUGGUCCCGUAGUUUUAAGGCUGUUUGCUCACUACCUCCAGGGAAAGCCAGUGGAUGGUGUUGCACCCACUAGUCAUGUGCCUUCCGUCACUGUUUGGUGAUGAAGGAUAUUGGAAUGCUGACAAGGUCUCAGGAUGUACGUAGACAAUGAAAGGGAAAGCCAGAGCUUGAAAAUGGGUGUGACAAGGGUGGGUGAGGUUUGUGGUGGACAAAGACACAAAGAGACCACAAAUAUAGUGGUUUGGGGGGAGUAUAUAGAGGAGAAGAGAGGCAAUUGAAACUGAGAAAGGGUAACAAUUCAGGUAUGAGGAGUCAUGUCCAAAGAUGUGAAGAUAAAUAGGGGCUACUGUGGAUGAGCUUGCAUGGAAUGAGGACAGCCAAAAUUGGGAAUAAGGGGAGAUGUGCAAAAGAACUAUAACUGGCUGUCAUUCAGUGGCUUCAGGCAAAGACAAUACAGUGCCAGUGGGAGAGUUUGGUUUGGAGAAGGGAAAGGCAGAUUUGAAUCCCAAGUUAGCUCUAAUGUCCAAAGGUGGCAUUGAGCAAGCAAUUUUGCAGAGUGAUUUUUGAGGCUCUUGGAGAUGAGGAUUGUGAAGCAGGUUGUACACUGGAAAGACCAAUAGACAUGAUGCUAGGAUUGUGAGCUGGCAGAAUCUCAAUCUACCUAAUAUUAAGGAACUAAAAAAAUUGUUAUUAGUACUUUAAGAUGUCUGGGCAGCCAUUCUUUCACCCCUAUAAACUUACCCAACAAUACUAGCGAUUUUCUUUCAUGGCAUUCUCUUCUCUUUUCCCCCUCCCUUCCUUUUUCAUUUUUCCAGGAUGUGAAGUGAUAGCUGUCAACACCCGGUCCACUAGCCAGACAUUUAUUUAUAAGUGUGAUGCUGUUCUCUGUACCCUUCCCUUGGGAGUGCUGAAGCAGCAGCCUCCUGCUGUACAGUUUGUUCCUCCUCUUCCGGAGUGGAAGACAUCUGCUGUGCAGAGAAUGGGAUUUGGAAACCUUAACAAGGUAGCUUGAAAUGUACAAAAGUGGAGCAGCGGGGGGUGGGGUGGGCAGGAGAGAGCAAUUACAGUAGCUAUACCCCUACCUGCUGUGGAUAGGUGGAAGCUUUCUUCCUCAAUUCAUUUCAGUGUUCCAUAGCUGAGAAUAGAGCACAAAACCAUUCAUAUAUAGCUUUGCCUUUUUUGCUUCAGUCGGGGCCUGAGUAGUGCAAAGUAUACCACAUGCUGAAGAAAAUCAUGCCCUAGAAGAGAUGAAUCAAUUCUAGCAGCAUUGAAUCGGAAAGCUUAGCUUGCUUUCCACUUACACUUGAUAGCGUACUGGGGGUGUCAAUGAACGUUGGCUGGAAAUCGGAGAAACACUUUCCGAAGCAAAUGUAUCUUAUUCUUAUAGUCUGUUUCAUAUAUAUUAAUUCAUACGUGUAUGUCAGGGUCUGAAGUAUUUUCUGAGUUUAUUUUGUGAAAACACAAAACUUGUAUAUAGAUUUCUUGUGACAUGAAAGAAGAAGCAGAACAAGGGGAAAUUAUUUAAAGCACAGCUUGGAACUUGUGAGAAAUGUAAAGUGCCCCCCUUCCCUUGCGAUCCAUGUGAAAAAGACAAGCGGCAGCAAAUCUUAAAACGCUGAACCAGACCAGAGUCUUUCCUGAAUCCUAACGUUUCCUUCCUUUUUAGGUUGUGCUGUGUUUUGACCGUGUGUUCUGGGAUCCCAGUGUAAAUUUGUUUGGUCAUGUUGGCAGCACAACAGCCAGCCGAGGAGAGCUUUUCCUGUUUUGGAAUCUUUACAAAGGUAGUUGGCACCAAAGCAUGUAAAUAUUUUCACGGGCGCCUUUGGCUGAAAUCCAAACUGUGGUCCACCUCUGCGGUGGUGGAGUUGGAUGGAGCAGGACUCUGCCCAGCUCAAAAAAGCUCUGCCAGCCCUCAGGGGGACACCAGUGUUCUGCCCUCACAAUUGUGUGCUGAAGUUCAGGAACCCCCCGUUCUGGGAUAGGGCUGAGCUUGCCUGGCACCCACUGACCCAGUCCUGUUGCUGUUAGCGGACUGCAUUUGAUCUGAUCCAGCCCCCUGCCCCCUUGCUAUGCCAGCUUCUGGUUGCAUGUCUCACCAUAAAAACUAAAAAACUAUCAGUCCACCUUGCUCAGUGUUGCUCAAUGUCACUGGCAGCAGCUCAGCUGGGCAGCGAGAAGUCUUUUGGUUGAACUGAGCUCCCUUUUCUCACUUCUCAGUUGGAGACACUGUGUUUAUUGUCAGAAGCAAUAUGCAUAACUUAAGAAAUUUCUAAGUGGUUAGAAAUGACUCCUACUUGGCACCAUCUUUGCCUUCUGUGCCCUCAUAAGAUGAUAAACUCUGUCUCCUUAAGAAACAAAAGCCAUCAGUUUUUGUUUGGGUCUUUAUCUGAGUGAGAAACCUUGUUAUUUAGGCUGUUUGCCAGAGAACCUUAAUAAAGCACAUUCCUGUGCAGGAUGAAACUAAAGCUAUUUGGCUAGCGCUUGCGUUCUGCUGAUGUCCCAAUAAUCUUUUCCACAGCACCAAUUCUUCUGGCCUUGGUGGCAGGUGAAGCAGCCGGAAUAAUGGAGAACAUCAGUGAUGAUGUCAUUGUCGGGCGCUGUCUUGCAAUUCUCAAGGGCAUUUUUGGCAGCAGUGCUGUCCCUCAGGUAUCACGUUGAGCUCUUUAUAGUUCCAUAUUUAGGUAGGUAGCCGUGUUGGUCUGAUGCAGUCGAUAGAUAGAUAGAUAGAUAGAUAGAUAGAUAGAUAGAUAUAAAAUUGUUCAGUAGCACCUUAGAGACCAACUAAGUUUGUUCUUGGUAUAAGCAUGCACACUUCUUCAGUUCCAUAUGUUCAGGAUCCUAGCCAACCUUACCUUUAUCAGUGUAUGGCACAAUAUGAGCCUCUUGAUACCACCUAUAGCAUGAUCAAAUUUUCCAGCUUCCUUAAAGGGAUUUAUGAUUAGAAAAAGCCUUCCAACAGAGAAGGGCCAUUUCUAAAAUGAGGAAAGAGCCUAAACCCUAUAGUUUAGGAUUGCAUACUUUAGGCUGCAAAGAGAAUCACUUCUGUAGGCUUUGUUUUCACCACCUGCUGCCCUCAACUAGAACUGCUUGGACUCCCUUCCCUCAUUCUGGAUGCUCCUGCUUUCCAUUCUGCAGACAUGGGCCAACCUUGAAAGCCUACCUGACAGGAGAAUAAUUGGGCAUUGCUGCCAGGCCUUUAAGGGCUUUCUGUUGCAGUUUUCCUCAGCCUAGGAAAAAAACCUGUGGGUAUGUGUGCCUGCACACAUCCUCCUAAUAUCAGGGACUUCACGAAACAUUACACACUUGAGUAACACCCCCCCUUUCUUUGUCCUCAGCCUAAGGAAACAGUAGUAUCUCGUUGGAGGGCCGACCCAUGGGCCAGAGGAUCCUAUUCCUAUGUAGCAGCUGGAUCUUCAGGAAAUGAUUAUGACUUGAUGGCUCAGCCAAUUACUCCGGGACCAGCCAUUCCAGGAGCUCCCCAGGUGAGAACUGCAUUCCGAUUAGCACCAGGAAGCAGCAGGAUCCUUUGACUUUGUACCACAUUUUUUCCUGGAACAUUUCAUUAUAUUUAUAAAUGUAUUUUUAUUAUUAAUCUCAACCCACUUGGCUUCCUUGUCUAGCAUGGGAGGGAGCUGCUUUUUUUCUUAAUACAAGUAUCAGUACAACUCCUCAUGAAAGCAACCUUUUUACUUUUCUUCGGCAUUUUCUUUUUGGGGGGGGAAUCAAAAGGGAAGAUAAAAAAACAUGGCAACUUUGCUGGUGGUUAACAUUGACUAGGAGCAACCCAUAGCUGGGUGCUGUUCAGGCCAUAGAAGGAGCUGAUGCCUGCCCUUUGGGCUCACUCUGCAGUAGGUGUAAGGAAUUAUGAAUAGUGGGAAUGAAGUAACAGUUCCCUCUUGCCACUCCCCACCCACCAAAUGUGUUUGUUUGCAAACUCCAGAAAGGGGGACUAAAUUUAAGGUGCAACUUGGGAAUUGGUCCUGCUAUCUGCUUCUGAAACCAAGCAAGCGGCCUUACCCCAGUGCACUUGGGUCAUUCUAUUCAAGCACACACACAGAAGUAAGUUUAAACCAGCUUAAGAUGCUGAAUGUUUUUUAAGUUCACAACAACCUGUGGCUAAAUUUGCACUCUGCUUCCCUUUAGACCACAGGGAGGAAAACUGGUCCUCUGCCACAUUGAAAUGCCAAACACAUUUCUUCUACUCUCUCUGUGGGCAAUCCAUAUGGGAUGCUUGAUUCUGGGGAAAACAAACAAAUGCUAUAAUUAUUCCCAGGCGUCACUUGGAGUGGCAGUAUUUUAGGAAACCUUCCUUGUUUUGCAGGUAUGCUAUAUUCAGCAGGUAAACUGGGGCUCUUGUAACAUUGCCAAUCUCUCAUUUCUUUUCCAGCCAAUUCCCCGCCUGUUCUUUGCAGGAGAACAUACAAUUCGCAACUACCCAGCGACUGUUCACGGAGCUCUGCUGAGUGGACUGAGAGAAGCUGGACGCAUUGCAGACCAGUUUCUCGGUGCAAUGUACACUCUGCCUCGCCAAGCUACUCCUGUUGCAGCUGCACAGCAGGCUCCUGCCAUGUAACAAUGCAGUGGGUUAUGAAUGCCUUGCAUGGACUUGUGAUUAGAAGCAAGUGGCCUUCCUGGUCUGUAGCACUACCAAUUAGAAGGCGUAACCAGGAGUCAAAAGCAUCGCCCCUGUUGAGCGGCCUUCCUAGACUUCAGUCGUCCUAGAACGCAGUUCCUGACUGCCACAGCAGCCUCGAUUCUCUGGAGCGGUGCACCUUCUCCCCCAAAUCCAGACUUCUGGUCUCUCUUGACAGAGAUCUCUUUUGGUACAGAUGCAUUUUUGUUUGUUUCUUUCCAGGGUUUAGAUCUCUUGUAAGUUAGCUGCUGUUAGUCACUAAGGUAAGAUUGUCUUAUGUGGGUUUUGUUUUGGGAAGCAAAAAUAAAACUUCCUUUUUUAUAAAAACACGGAC